AUGGCGGCCCCCGCCCGGCCCCGGGCCUCGCCCGGCUGCUGCAGCGCCGCCGCCAUCCUGGCGCUCGCGGUGGCCCUGUGCGCUCUGGCCCCGGCGCGGACGUCCAACCCGCUCGCGCCGGCCGCGGAUUGCGCCGCCGGCAAAGGGAAGGCGGGCAGCAACUGCUCAGGUAAGCGCCCAGGACGACGACGACGCCCCCACCGGCGGGCAGGGCAGGGCAAGUGGGCGGCGGGCGCCGCGUCGCUCAGCAUCCUUGCUCCCUCGCCACAUGGGCUCCUUCACAAUACCCGCCGUCUCUCUCUCUCCCCGUGCGCGCCUCGUGUACCUUCCCCUCCCUUGCUCUCCAAGCUCCAUCGCCAGCCCCAUCUUUGCCUCGCUGUCAGUCGCUCAUUUAAAAAACCUUCGUGCACAUACAUUCUUUCUCUUUCUCCCUCUCCCCCCUUCACUCAGUCCAAUGUUGCGCGCGUGCUUGGUCCGAAUGAAUUUGGUGGGACUUGUUUCUAAAGAAACAUGCAUAGGAUCGAAGGCGUCGUGGCGAGGAGCGUGCGCCUCCCCCCCCCCCCCCCGCGCGCACAAACUCCCACCGUCGCUUUGCUUCCUUCGCGCUUUUAUUUUAGUGAGUUUGUGUUUGUCUCCUGCCCAGUUCUAAGGAAAAGGGUCAGGUUAACCAUAGUAGCGCCCAGUGAGGCAGGCAAGUAUGAGAGACUUCUGGAAGGCGAACCAGCCAGUUUUAUGGGUGAGCAGGGACUUUUUUUUUUUAAGGUUCCAGGUUUCCUUUCGUUUCAGAGUCUUGAGCUACUCUAGACUGUGCUUUUAAAUAACGGAGUGCCUUAGGCUGCAGACCCCAGGAGCAAGCCUCAUUAAAUUCAGUAUGCCUUACAUUGAAUAGAGAUAUGUGUAGGAUUGCUCUGUUAAUCUACAAGAGGCUUUUCAUCAAAUCAGAGAAGUGUAAUGUAGUUCUCACCUGCUGGUAAGCGUGUUUACUCAGAAUAAAUUCCUCUGAGUUUAAUGGGGACUUGAAUUAGGAUAGUUUCCUAACUUGGAGGAUGUGAAUUUCAGGCAGGCAGGGCGGGGGGGGGGGAGCACAGGGACUCUCAAGCCCCAGUACCAGUUAUUUCAGAAACUGAAUGCUGUCUGGUUCCAAAUGUGACAUGAAAAACACUGGCUGUAUAACCUCAUGCACAUACAAGCACUCUUUCUCUUCUCUUGCACAAAUUCUCCAUCCUUGUGCUUAUGUGUUUCCCAUACAUAGAUAUUAUCACGCGUGCAUUUCCUUCCUGGUGCAGACACACAUGUAGGACUGCUGUGCAUACAUCCAUGCAAUGCAUCUGAUCUCUUCGGUGCACGGUUGAGGUCAUGAAAAUAGGGAGGCGUCCAGCGAAUCCGGGAAUGAGAGCACUGACCUUGUGUGGGCAGUGAGGAGUCAACAGUUCAUGUAUCCGGAACUGGUGGCGAUAGGGGGUGCCAGUUCAUUUCAUGCUUCUGGGAACAAAGACCUUGCAGCCCUGGUCUCAGAAUGUGUUUUUAUUUUAGUUGUCACACAAGGAGGGGAAUAUUUUUUCUUGAAAGUAGGAGCAAAGUCUCAGCCCCAAAAUCAGGAGGUGGAAUUGUCUCUUUUGUUUCUGUCUCCUGAGUUCAGGCCCAUCACCCCAGCUAAUGAAUGCAACCCAUACCUUUCUCUCUCCCCACCCCCCUUUUGUCACCUCUCUUGCUUAAGAGAAUGGUGUGAGAAGCAGAGAAUGCAGAGGUGCUCAGGUAUCUGUAACCCAUUUAGGUAGUCACCUUGCUUUUUGUCUGCUUCUUAGUGUUCCUAAAUACAAUACAAAUCCUAAAAUCAAAUCUGCUGCCUGUGCUGUGAAGCUGGUCACCAAGAAAAAGGUGUUGCUGUGAAUGCAUUAGAAUCAAAGAAAAUAUUAUAUUUUAAAAAACAAUAUUAGAGCCAUGUCACUUGGCUGCUUUAUCCUGUCUUUCCAUGUGUUGUGUAAAUGUCACAAUACUCAUUUUAAAAAUGUAAAAAAAUACACACACACACCCCGGAAUAAUAGAAAUCUAAACAGGAACACUUAGAAAAUACAUAAGCUUAUAACUGGGAUUGUGCUUCUAAACUAAUAUUUUUCUUAAGGAUAUUACUGUUUAGUUCCUCCUCCAGACUAGGUAUUUUACCUUCCUCAAAGCGUUCAAGCUGUUUCUUCUCCCUUUCUCAUCUGAAAAGCAUGGAUGAUUGCUCUGAAAUGAUUGCCAGUGGAAAUUACGUGCAACUGCUAGUGCCAGAUUGAUGAGAGAUUCAUGAGAGGUACUUGGUGUCUUCCAAACCCAUUGUCUUCCCUGUGAGAUGAAGGCAGUUGCCACUUUGUAAGCAGACUCUGAGCACCUCAUGCUAUGUGGUCCUUUUUGUACCAUAAGCACAGACCACUUUCCAGUGGGGCUUAUUCCCUGGCAAGUGUGCUGGGGAUCGCAGUCUUAAGGCAGUUUUGUGCUGGGAGUUUCCUUCAUUUAUAUUUAAACAUCAUCUUAUAGCAAUUUCAAUUUAGAGUACCUUCACUAGAUUCUGCCAAUAUUGAUUAGCAAAUUUCUCAGAGAGGCACAUGACGCAAAAGCCACAAUGUAAAUUUCAUCUUUGUUUGUUCUCUGUUCGCUUGUUGGGUUCUUCAUGCUCCAAUACCAGACAUGUUGGUGGUGUUGGGGAGUAAAUCACUGUUCUUCCAUCCUUGACUCCUGCCCCUUUUGCAUUCCCUGAGAUGACUGAGUUUUAUGCAAAGAAAGAUUAGUAGGUUAAUGUGCUACUGCCAAAUACCAGCUUACUUGACAGGUACAUAUUACCAUGUGGGGGGGAGGGAACUCUGUAAGAUUCACUUUAGAAAGCUAGCAAACAAGUCUAGUUUCCAAAAUAAAGUGUAGAACAUUAAAGUGAUGUCUUUGUAUCACAAAAUAAUAGUGUUCUCAAAGCAAAGAGGUGAAAUGACACCAUACGAAACAGGCAGAGUGAUGGGAACCAGCAGAACAUGCACAAAAAUAUAAAAUGAAAGCUAGGAGUGGAAAGCAGUGUUGUUUGCUUUUUUCAGGUGAAGAUUUUCUUUGGCAAGCCAGGAUCUUCAGCCUGCACAAUUCCACAGACUUUUCCUUAGAUUGAAAGUUACUUCGUUUGACUACAGUUCAGAUUUCCAAGCCUAAUUAAUUCAUCUGAAUUGUGCCACUGCAUAGAUGCUCUUUUCAAGGUUUAAGUGCUGAUCUUUUUGUGUGCGGCCUCUACUUCCCCAAACUGAUAAACUAGUCUUGUGGGAACCAUGUUUCUCAUCUUUCCACUUUGCUUCUUCAAUGUGUUCCUGCCAUGUCAUACUGAUGCCAUUUUACUGCAACUGCUGUUGAGGUUGUCCAUGUGCUCCUGAAACACACAUUAUUACUCAUUUUGUAUGGGUCUCCCUUCCCUGUACCAGAAAUAACCAAAUGACAGAAUCACAUAACCUCACCAGCAUUACAUAGGUAUAACCCACAUUGACAUUCUUUUCCCGUAAAAGCCAGCGGAUGUUGGCACAAGCAGUUCUAAUGAGUUCCCUGAGAUCCUGUGUAGUUGUUUCAUUCAGACAUUAUUUGGUUUGCUGUGAGAUCGAGUCACCAGACAAUCCUACCACAAUAGUUACAUAUUAACUGGAUCUUUACCAGAAAGAAAAUAAGGUAGAAGUUAGCUGUGGAAGCUGCAUCCCCUUCCUCUGUUCUCUGGGCUUUUGGUUGAAUGGGAUAGUGGUGUUUGUAUAGUGGCAUAGAUCCUAAAAUAAGUUUAAAGGAAGUUCAUGGAAAUAAGAUUUUUCAUCUUUUCCUCCCUGACCCCGUACCCCAUCCUACAUUGUUCAGGAGGACACCCCACCCCCACAGAGGCAUGCAGGCUGCUGCAGUGGGAAGAAGGGGACAGGAUACUUUAGUCAGAUUAUCUAAGGACAUAAGACCAUGUAUUCAUUUUGUGAUAGUUGUUCAGCUCUGUUGCUACAUCCGGGUGGAGAUGCUGUACAUCAGAACGUGGACCUGCCUGCUUUGUUUAGGACAGAGGUAGGAAACCUGUGACCUUUUGUUGUUUAGUGGUUUAGUCGUGUCCGACUCUUCAUGACCCCAUGGACCAGAGCGUGCCAGGCACUCCUGUCUUCCACUGCCUCCCGCAGUUUGGUCAAACUCAUACUGGUAGCUUCGAGAACACUGUCCAAUCAUCUCAUCCUCUGUCGUCCCCUUCUCCUUGUGCCCUCCAUCUUUCCCAACAUCAGGGUCUUUUCCAGGGAGUCUUCUCUUCUCAUGAGGUGGCCAAAGUAUUGGAGCCUCAGCUUCACAAUCUGUCCUUCCAGUGAGCACUCAGGGCUGAUUUCCUUAAGAAUGGAUAGGUUUGAUCUUCUUGCAGUCCAUGGGACUCUCAAGAGUCUCCUCCAACACCAUAAUUCAAAAGCAUCAAUUCUUCGGCAGUCAGCCUUCUUUAUGGUCCAGCUCUCACUUCUAUACAUUACUACUGGGGAAACCAUAGCUUUUACUAUACGGACCUUUGUUGGUAAGGUGAUGUCUCUGCUUUUUAAGAUGCUAUCUAGGUUUGUCAUUGCUUUUCUCCCAAGAAGCAGGCGUCUUUUAAUUUCGUGACUGCUGGCACCAUCUGCAGUCAUCAUGGAGCCCAAGAAAGUGACCUACCAGGUGCUUUAACUCCCACCAUCCUCAGCUUAGCAUGGCCAAUGUUCAGGGAUGAUGGCAACCUCAGAUCACAGGUAGGACCACACUGUUCCCAUCCAAAUUUAGGAAGCUUUGUUUUGUGCAUUGCUUGCGCAUCUGGAGGAUGAAGUUGGUUUUGCAUUUAGCCUCACUCUUCAGCUCAGAGUUAUAAGAGUUCCUUCUGCACUGAAACAACCUUUGCUUUUAAUAAGCCUGCUCUUCUAUCUUUUUGCAGAAGUCAGUCUCUCAGAAAUUUAGCAGGUGAAGUUUUUCCCUGCCACUUAUUUCCACAAGGAAGAGAUUACCCUACAGAGUUCCUUCUGGUUAAGCUCCUGUUAGGUUCAUGGGGGCACAACUAGUAAACAAAAAGGGGCAAUGAGACAGACAUAGAAACCCAGCAUGGUGACCUGCUUGUAACUAGGUGAUUAGUUACCUAGGUGUAACUAGGUGGUAUCCUUCAUGUGUCCUGAAAAGGAGAGGAAAGUUCUUAUUUUCCUAAAGAAAUGAGUGAUUUGGUGAAUCUGCAUUCACCUGCACUCAUAUUUACUUAAGCAAACAAAAUUGGCAUCUUCUGUAGGAAUCAUUCAAAAGGACACGACAUCUGUGCUGCUGUUAUUUAUUUCUUGUGUUAACUGGUACUUAAAUGAAAAUAAGCCACAGGCCUUACCCUCGGGCUUCCCAACUAUAGAAAAGGAAGACAGAAGGGAAGGAAAAGGAAAAGGAAAAGAUAGAAAAAGAAGGGAUAUAUGAACAGAAGAGGAAAGGAAUUAAUGGUCCUUAACAUCCAGUAGGGGUCAGGCCUGUGCCCUUGCUAGGUAUGAAUUCCCCAUCCCUGCUUCAGCUCCCUAGCUGCCCUUCAUUCUUUGGCCAGUAACUGAGACCAGUACAACCUUCUCCUCUAGGGCAGCUGACAAUUGGGGCAGAGUUCUUUCUAGCAGAGCAGGGGGCAGAUUGGAAAGCAAAAUCCCUGCAUCUGUUUCUUAUCCUGCCAAAGGCUCAUUUCCUCCCUUGCUGUGAUAUUCUUCCUGAGAAGGGAGAGAGCGCAACCUUCCUGGGCCUGGUGUGACCUUUGCCUUGUUUCAAAGCUGUCCUGCUUUUAAAGAACUGGUGUUCCUAAAGCAGCUGAAAGGAUGUAACAGCUUCAGGUUGCUUUCUGGCUCACCCUGUGCUUUUCAGCCAGACGGCCCUCUUUUUUCAUGCUGGAUUGGAGUGGGAGGGGGGGAGAGGUGUCCCCAGACUGUUUUGAGCACACAUGAGAGAUGUCUCUCUGCCACCAAUUCUGUGAGCAGGAGGCAGCUGGUCUCCAAGGAACAACUGAACAGCAAAACUGCAGGAAAGCUGCAAAAUGUAGCCUUGGUAGCAGAAUUCAGUUUCCUAAAUAUCUCAGCUAUUAUAUGUUCUGUAUAUAUAUGCCAACCUCUUCAAGAAUUUUGGGUGCCAAAGGAGGGACUAAGUUUUUCCCUGUGCUACUUUUCUAGAAAAAGAGGCACCAGAACUCACCAUAGACACCUCCCUUGUGCUCUUAUAAUGGCAAUUGCACCCACCUAUGAGGUGCCAGAACUGAGUUCAGGUGGAUUCUGACUGGAUAAAAAAGCCCUGGCUUUUCCCAUCUUCAAGUAGAGUCAGUGUUCUGCAUAGGUUAUUACUCCUCCUUUUGCCUAAUGGAAGAAGACUAAAUUAUGCAAAGUAAGAGUAAUCAUGGGCAUUUUAAAAUGCAGAUACUUUAUACAAGUUGCAGAACGGAGGGUUAGCUAUGAUAGCCUCUUGUAACAAAAACGACCAGAGUCUUGUGGCACCUUAAAAUGUAACCAAUUUAUUCUGGCAUAAGCAUUUGUGGACUGCUGUUAUCCAUGAAAAUUUAUCCCAUAAUAAGUGGGUUAGUUAAUUUUUAAGGUGCCACAGAUAACUGGAGUUACCUUGGGGCAGAUUUUUUUUAAAAAACCUGAAUGCUCAGUUUCAGUAACUGCCCCCCCUCCGGCUGACCAGAUGGACUGAGGUGUAAAAAACUCUGCUGGAUGCAGUCAGAUUAUGAGCCCAUCUAACCCAGUAUUGUCUGCUCUGACUGACUGGCACUAACUCUGUGGCAGAAGGCUUUCCCAGCCACAUUAAUUGUGAAUCUUUUGCUGGCCGAGCCUGGGAAUUUCUGAAUGCAAAGCCUGUGCCCUUUCAGCUAUGAUCCUUACCCAGAUUUUCUUGAAAGCCUUUCUUCUUCAUGAUUUUUUUUCUUAUAAUUGAUUUUGUUUGCUGUUCUUACAUAGUUCAUCCAGUGGUUUCCCAUCCAAAGGGCUGAUUAAGUCCACACCUACUUAUCUUCAGCAACAUCAGUUGCUCUGAAACCACUUACAAAUUUCCCCUCCUCGAUGGAAGCUGCUCUUUGUAGGAAAGGGGGUUCUUUGCCUACCCAAUGAACAGUUCAAGGAGCAUGUUUAUAUGGUGGGGUGUGUGUGUGUGGAAUGAAGGCGUUCAUUUCACUAAACAUUUGUCUUGGGCUUGACAAAUUUUCCAGGGUGGAAAGAAUCAUAAAAACCCAUUAUAACACUUCAGACAUCUCUUUCCACCCCCUGCAAAUGCAUGGAAACAGAAGCAAAAAAGAGGAGACAUUCUGCAAUGGUGUAUUAGUAAUGGUGUAUGGGAAAUAAAAGUAAUGAAAUAGGUCUCAUAAUAAUGAAAUACUAGGGAAGAUGGGAAGUAAGGGAAUCAUGAGCUUUGCUGACAGAUGAUGCCAGUAAUGCAAAGGCAGCAUUGAUCAUCUUAAUGGACAAGUAGCCCCAGCUUACUGUCAUAGAAUGGGCUUCCGUUAGCCUGCACCUGCUUUUUCUUGAUCAUAGACAUGCUGGAAAGCAUUUAUAGUUCAAAUGAAAUUGCAAACUAUUUCUCGGGUUCACAUUUCAGCUGAAAGAGAUGUUCUGCUGUGGAACCACGGUCUCUUCCGAACAAGUGCAAAAUAGCAGGGAAAGGGUGACAUUUGCUGGGUAACACUGACAGGAGAGGGGUGUUUAACUCUUCCCUUCCUCACUGCUUUUCUCUGCAACCCUUUUCCUCCCCCAGCUACUUUGCUGUAUGAUGCAAGAAAUGCAUGCCAAGGAACCACAGCCAGAGGGGAUUGUUAAGUGCCUCUCAUGCAGUUUGACUACUUCUCCAUGCAAAUUUUCCUCCUUCCCUCUCCUGUUUAGCAGCAAGUGGUAUUCUGAGCCUUUCAAAAGACCUCAGAAAAACAUGGUAGGCAUACAAUGGGAACUUGCAGGCUUAUAAGAACAACAGGGAGAAAAGGCAUGACAGCUUAUUUAAAGAGGACAGCUAAUCUAAAACAAUACAAAGAGUACUUUCAGAUAUAUCUUGCUUGUUGAUUAGUAAUUUAAUCUACAGUGACAACUUUACUGUGUCUGUUUAGAUAUUGCAUUUCUUUCCUGAUCUCAUACCUCAUUGACUGCCAUAGUUGGAUUCAAUGUAUAUUAAAAUUAGUUUGUGUCUCAGUAGUCAGAGCAACUAUGUGUAUGGGGUGUUAGGAGAGGGGUAGUACCUCUGGUGGGGGACAUGUUGUGCUUCUUCUGGGGUAGUUUGUCCACCUUUGGUCUCCAUCCUGUACUCAGCUCCCACCUGUGGCUCCUAGAAGCUGUCAGCAUGUAACAGAAGCCACACCUCGGGAACGGAUGGCUAAACCAGGUGAGGGUAGCUGAUGGCUCUCAAAUACUUGGAAUGUUAGGGACUUCUCCUGCAUGCAAAGACAGGCUCUGGCAGAUUGAGACCAAUAGUGGGUCCAACGAUCAAGAAAGGCAGUUUCUGUACGAGCUGUAGAGGGAAGUGGGGGCAGAUGGGGCUCCUCAACCUGGGAAGGUAGCCCAUCUAAGAGAAGGAAAACUUGGAUCCUAAGCCUCUGCUACCUUGCAGCUAUACUGAUUUGUGAAAAAGGCUUUGGGAGUAAACCCCGUGGAAAAAUCUGUACCUGCUGACUUGCAGGACAUCUUUGGAAGAAGAAAAUGCUAAGGAGUAAACCCUACAUAGAUCUGAAGUGGAGUCCCUAAGGCAGUUGGAUGGCAUCUUGUAUGCCACCUUUCAGCAACUCCUGACAGCAAGCUGGUGCCAAACGCAUUGCUCUCCUUUGGAUUGUAUCAGCGAGGCAGGGGUUUGUGGGUUGCCAUCUGGGCAGCCCAGGACCUCCAUACACCCUGCCCAGGCUUGUGCCCCAGAGAGAUCACUUUGGUGCUGCUAACACAGCAAAAACAAUGCGGGAGACAGCAGUUACAAGUUACUGGUCUCUGCAGCCACAGCAGUUGCUGUGAUUCUUCAGCGAUUUGACUUCACCCCAGGAGGUGCACUCAGUUGUCUCUUAAGACAGAUGGAUGCCAACAAAAAAGUCAGAGCAACUGAGGACACAUUGUGAAGCCAUCAAACUACUGAGUGGUUUUGGAGAGUAAAUAUGUCUGAGCAAAAUUUAUAGCUGUAGUCUAGGACUGAAAGGAAAUCCACAAUAGGCCAGGUCUGGAAAGCUUUCUUCUGGGCUGUGUCAUAUCCUGCAGAGUACAAAACAAGCUCAAUGCUUUUUAUUCUGGACUAGAGUUUGCCAAGCAAGCAUGUUAUCACAUGUUAUCCAAGCAAGUGAUCACAAGUUGUUAUUAAGUGCAGGGUUUAGGGAAACAUCUUAAUCAACAAUCAAGCAGCUUCAUUUGCAAGGAGUCUUCCCUUCAGCUUGAAAACCUCGUCAUGCAUUAGUAUCGGUUGGAUUAUGUGUGGGAAUUAUUAAUUGGCUGUUAUUCUGAAGCGUGUUCAUAAUUCUGAUAUGCAGUCUAGACUGAAACAACCAAACAGACUAGCAAAACAGGAUCAAAAUUAUGGUAGAAUUUGACAGUGUAGAAAUUGCAGGCUACCUUGGAAGAGGCUGCUUCUACCAGCACCAUAUUGGAGACUUUUCAGUGGAAACUUGGCUACCAUUUUUCAGGAAUACUAGGUGGGUUUUUGCACUACAGUGGUGCCCCGCAAGACGAAUGCCUCGCAAGACGGAAAACUCGCUAGACGAAAGAGUUUUCCGUUUUGGAGGUGCCUCGCAAAACGAAUCUGCUAUGGGCUUGCUUUGCAAGACGAAAAUGUCUUGCGAGUUCCUGGGUUUUUUUUUUCCUUUUCCCCCUCUUUUUCUAAGUCGCUAAGCCGCUUAUCUGCUUAUCAGAUAAGCUGAUAAGCUGCUAAAAGCUGCUAAAAGCCGCUAAAAGCCGCUAAAAGCCGCUAAUAGCGCUAAUCCGCUAAUCCCAUCAAUGGGCUUGCUUCGCAAGACGAAAAAACCGCUAGACGAAGAGACUCCCAGAACGGAUUCUUUUCGUCUUGCGAGGCACCACUGUAUUAUAACACCACCACCUCGUGCAGUGGUGCCUCAUUUUCUCCCAUCCCAUAGGAGUGAAUGGAAGCAUUCUCUAAAAUGGGAGAAAUUCUUAUUGCUGGAGAUGCCAGUGUUUGGGGAGAAGAUAAUGUUUUACCUUCUUUUUACCCUGGUAUGUUCCUGAUUGUAACCUAUUUACUUUGACCCACAGAACUGAGUUAGAGGCACUUGGAAAUAAGCCAGCUCCUGUCUGCAUAUCCAGACCUCUUUCUCUACAUGUUCCAUUUCGUGUUGUCAUGUUAAAGUGUUUUGGAAAUAAAAACUAGAUGAUAUAUCUGUAACAUGAUGCCAUCCUUUAUGAACCCAGUGCUUAAUAUGUUUUUAGUGGGACCUGCUUCUGAAAUUCCUAGUAAAUUUGCUGUAGCCUCACAAGCUUUAUCAGACCAAAUAAUACUUUAUAUAUCAGUUUUGUAUGAGCUUGUCCAAACUGAGCAUUAAGUAAAUUCAGAUCCUGUCAUUUUUUAUUGGCAGAAAUGUAAAAAAAGAAAGAAAAAAAGAAGAAGUGUUUUUCGUUUAUCAGUUUUAGAUCCCUCCUGUAGAAUAAGGUUCUCUUGGUCUUACUUGUAUCAGUCUGUUGUGCGAACAGGCUUACCAUUUGGCUACUGAAAUACUUUUACAGAUUCAGAGCUCUGGUUACAUGAGAAACUCCUUAAACAGAAUGAGUUAACAGAAGAAUAAACCGGAUUGUAAAACUAUACAAAGCAAUAAAAAUAAAAUAAAAUAAAAUAAAAGCAUGUUACGCCUCUAGCAUGCUUGUCAGGAAACCUAGGGUGUAUUCACAGUUAGUGUCUUCAAACAGGAAUAUGUACUCCAGCAGUAAAUUCAGUGCUAAGCUGAUUCCAAGUUGGGUAGCUGUAUUUCAUCUGUUGCAGCAGAAAAACAAAGCAUACUAUUGCACCUUAAAGACCAACAAAUUUAUUGUGGCAUAAGCUUUCAUAAGACUACAACCAUCAGAAGUGUUAUUCUCAGCUUGGGAGAUCUGCACAGGGGCACAAAGAGGAAAAUAAAAACAGUGAGGGUAGAUGGCUAGGAAAUGCUAAAAGUCCAUAUUAUCUCUGAUGUUUUCAUGCAAAGGUCCGAAGUAUACGAUAUAAGAAUGGCGACCCAUUCAAAAGAGCAACAAUUGUAAUACAGUAUGCCUUCCUGAAUUCUAAGAUCCUUCUUGGAGGUCCUGCUCUCCACAUGAAGUGAGGCCGGUGGCUGCCAAAGAGAGGGCUUCUCAGUACUGGCACCUCAGCCAUGGAACAUCCUCUCCAGAUGGAUGGACCUUCAUGGUCCAUCUCUCCAUGGACCUUCUCCAUGAUCCUUUCAGCAACAGUUGGACUUUUAAAAAUUCACCUAUGCUUCUAAAUUGUGUUUUAAUUCUGGUUUGUAAAUUAUUGAAUGUUCCCUGUAUGCAAGGAAGUUUUUUUUUCUUUUCUUUUGCUGGCCUAAAAAAAGAAAAUUAUUGUAUGCUGUGUUUUUAAUAUUUUCUUGUAAGCCACCAAGGACAUGUUUAUUAAGGGGCAGCUAUAUAAAUCUAAUUAAGAGUAAUGGUGGUGAUAAAUAUUUCUACCAACCAUGCUAUGCUCAUUUAAAACCCAGCACAGAAUAAAAAAUUAUGAUGAACCCAUGCCCCUGAUUAAGAACUAAAUGCAUUGAAAAAAUAUUUCUGAAGAAUGGUAGUUUUACGAUCUCAUGGUGAAAGAAGUAUUGUUACCCUGAGAUCAGCAGCUGAGUAUCCUAGGAGACUGAAAUGUUCUCUUGGGGGAUUUUCAUUUUUGCCGGGUUUUUGGGUCAGAUUCGUGUCCACUCCUUUUGUGCAGACUUUUUUUGUCCUAUGCAGACAGCGGAAGGGCAUUGUUAAGGCAUUGAAAGAUGACCAGGUGAAUGAGCCCAUGGUGCUUGGCUUGGCUUGGCCUCCCCCCACCUGGGGGGCCUGGGAAUAGUCCUGGGGGCCAGAUAGAGAGGCCUUCUGUUCUUGGCAUAAUUUAGUUGGAAAAUGGGCGAGAUGAUGAUGAUGAUGUUUCUAAGGAGAUUCUUGAAGCUGGCUUUCCUCUUUUUAACCAUGAUAAGCGAUUUUACAGAUUAUUUUAUGCGCAAACAGAAAAGAUUUUGUGUGCCUUAUUAAGUGCCUGAGAUGUUGUGACAUGUAACACUGUGUACCUCUUUGAUCGGGAUUCCUGUCAGCACUGCUGCAAAGAGUAAAAGGCAGCAGUUAUGGCGGAAAGGGUUGUGUUUGUGGUUUGGCAGGGGGAGGGGGCUGAGGAGAGGCUCAACUAAGAGACUCCAUUUGAACCCAACUAAGAAGUUUAUACACACCUGUAUGUUUUGUCAUUUGAAGACUCAUAGUCACUGCAGAAAAAACUUAAUUGAAAAAGAAGUGAUGUGAGGUGGUUCGGUCCUGGGCUUAUUCCCACAUGCAAGUCACCACUUGAUAGUAGGAUCAUCAGGUGACAAGUGUGCAUGUGUGAAUCAGACUUAACUCUGGUUAGCAUAAUCAUUUUUCAGAAAUUUAGGUUGGGCUCAGGUGUAUAAAUGAAACAGUUUGCUCAAAUCGUAACAUUUUUGGGUGCCCUAGGCUGUCUUCAGAACCUACAAAAUCUCAUGCCAGCUAAUGUGAUGACUUGCAUGUAAUCUGAGGGAGAAAUCAAGAAUGAUGUUAAUAUUUUUCAUCUUAAGGAUGUCAGGUGGAAUAACUUUACUCAAUGCCUGAAAGUUAUUUCCCCUAAUAUAUGCAUUUUUGUAAAUACUGGAGGAACUGCUUAACAAAAUUUGGUUAGGUGUGGAUUUAAAUGGAUAGCUCUGUCUUCAGUUUGCAUAUUAUUUUGGAAAGUGCAGAUCUGACAGAGUCACCUUUAAAUGUGAACUGAAUUUAAUUUCUAAUGGAGUAUAGCGUUGGUGCCUAAAUCCCUACAUUUAAUCAAGCAAAAGUAAAGCAUUUUGUUUUUAAAAAUCUCAAGCACACUCAAAACAUCAACAGGCCCUCUGGUUUAAAGGAGAACAAAACAUAGCUCAGUCGGUAGAGCAUGAGACUCUUAAUCUCAGGGUUUGAGCCCUAUGUUGGACAAAAGAUUCCUGCAUUUCAGGGGGUUGGACUAGAUUACCCUUGUCGUCCCUUCUAAAUGUACAAUUCUAGGAUUCUGUGUAUUUGUGAACAAGCAGUCUGGUUUGAUGCCGAGAGAUACUUGUGCCAUUUAUCCAUUUAGACAUGGAUUGCUUGUGUUUUAUUACCACUAUUCAGAGCCUUUGUGAUGCAAGAAAAGUCUGUAUUGUUUCUCAAUACUAUAUUUGGAACCUGUUCUUUGGGCUGGUCACUGUGUGUUUAUUGCAGAGGAGCAGUAGGAACUUGCAAGCAGGUCAGCUUUUUUUAAAGCAACCAAGCCAUGUCAGUAAACGCAUAAAAGCCCAAGAGACACAGGGGGGUUUCUCAGGGAGAUACCGUAUUUUUCGCCCUAUAGGACGCACUUUUUCCCCUCCAAAAAUGAAGGGGAAAUGUGUGUGCGUCCUAUGGGGCGAGUGCAGGCUUCGCACACCUCUCCGCAAGCAGCGGGAGCGCUCCCGCUGCUUGCGGAGAGGUGCCUGCAUGCUGAAGCCUGCGCACGCUGAGCUCAGCGCGUCCAGGCUUCGCGGACCUCUCCGCAAGCAGCGGGAGCCAGCGCUGGGCUCCCACGGCUUGCAGAGAGCUGCCUGUUUGGGGGCUGGGGUCGGGGGAAGCUCGGGCUUCCCCUGCCCCAGCCCCGCGCCUGGGGGGGAAAUAAUUUUUUCCCCUUUAUUUCCCUCCCAAAAAACUAGGUGCGCCUUAUGGGACGGUGCGUCCUAUAGGGCGAAAAAUACGGUACUUACCAUGUCAUGAAGUGAGGCAGAAGAAAGGCUUGUGAAAAGAUUUACUUUCUGAGGUUUUCCAUCAGUGCUACAUAGAGUUACUGCUAUAUAGAAUACAUAAAUUCUACAUUAAAAUAUUGAGGGAGCUAUCCAGAUAAAUUAGUCUUGUUCUAAAUAACACCAUUUGUAUCCAUAUGAUAUAAAGCAGUGACAAACUGGCCUUUAUUUAGAUAUUAUAGAUGAAUAAACCUGUCAGGAGAAUAACUUAAUUACAUAUGCCUCCCAUGUAUACAGAAGUUAUAAUUUAGUACUUUCGGGUAAUUGGAAUACAAUGUAGAAGAAGCACAUUGUGUUUUGAAUUACCAUUUUAAUAUUCUUUUUAGAGAUUGAACACUAUUGUUCAAAAGGUUUUGUUCUCUUUUAUUCUCUGUUCAUCUUGACUUGAAUCGGCGGGGGGAAACAGGGUUAGUUACAUAAGAUGGAAAGUUUGUUACCUUUUUCAGCAAAAAGAACAGCUCCGUCACUGGGAUAUGUAGCAGACAGAAUUUAAAAUUGGAUUUUUGUAUCCAUUUUCCUCAUAGACAUGUCUGUAUUAUUAAGCAGCAGAGUUGUCAAAGGAGCUUCCAGACUGACCGCUUUUAAGUUGUUACACAAACUUUAUUCUUCGUCUUCGUAGAAAUCUGUUAAUUUGUUGGUCUAAGGCCUAGUCACAUGUAUGGCAUAGAAUGGGGUCUGGAGGCACUAGAGACUUGUGAGACUGCUGUUUGUGGAUGGAACUGGAGGUAGUUGAGCUGAGAUCCUAUCUUCACAGCUAGAGAAUCCUCUUGGGCCUGAAAAUCAGGGGACACCAGUGAGUCCUUCCUGCAUGGAAUAAAGCCCCCAGAUUGGUAAUUGCUGCUCCGUCUGGGCAGCGUGUUGAGGGAAGCCACCAGGCUAUCCUCAUCUCCUGCAAGACUACUUGACUGCUUGUCUGCCAUAGGAGUCCCAGCCUGCCUUCCAUCUUGGUGUGGCUGGUCAUCUGCCCACCUGUGGCCUGAUACUUGCCAGCCCUAGGGUGCCUAAUAGAACCUCAAUUACUCCAUAUUCAGUGUGACAUGCAAAUGGUUCUUCUCUUUAGGGGGGAAAUAUCUGUGGAGAAAGAGUGAUGUGCCUUUAGAAUUUCCACCGAAGUUUACAUGGAUUAGGAAAAGAUUUGAGCCAGGAGUGGGGAGCCUUUCUGAGUCCAGAGUUAGUAUUCCUUUAUGGGGAACCUUCUGGAGACUUCAUGCAGGUGAUGACUAGGGCCCUAGGCAAACAUGGAAGGAGCAAGAGAUGUGGGUCUUCCCAUUGUUUGGUAGGUUACAUUCCAGCCACACAUAAAUUGGAGGUUUCUAUCCAACUUUCUUUCUAUGGACUCAGGCGAGCAAGAUGCAUUAUCACAGUUAAGCAAUCCAGUAAGGUAAACACACUUAAGAGCAACACAGCACAGGACUGGUGAAGGAUGUGGUCUGGGGACAGUGGGAGACACCUGAGGGACAAAUAGAGAGGCUUGGAAUGACAUAUCUAUCGCCUCCAAACUUCCUCCAACAUGCAGGAUCAAAGGUUUGGAUUGCUCUGUUGGCUUCCUUUAAGAAAACAGAAACAGUAGGUUUAUAAAGCAAAAGCUGAAAACUUUUUUGAUUAGCAAAGAAAUACUGCUUCUGUCAUUUGGCUCUCUUGUUAUACCUCAAUUCUAUAAUUUUUGCUUGCCAUUUUAUUUUGCUUUGGUCCUAAAAAAAUCCAAUAAUUUGUGUUCACCUGGUGCUUCAGCACGCUCAAAAAGUGCUGUCUGAUGUAUAUCUAUUCUAUGAGUUCAGUGGGGCUUCCUCUCGGCUUUGUGGAUAUAGGAUUGCAGCCAAAGUGCUUAGCACACAUUAUCUUGUAAUUCUUGCAAGGAAUCCAUGCCAGUCCUGCAUGGUUGGGCAAUACCAUUAUCCCAAACCCCCAAUAGUAGUGGUGGUGUGGGAAGCUGAGGAAAACAGAUUUGUUCUAAAGCCAUCUAAUGAAUUAAUGCCAGAAGAAAGAUGCAGACGGGGCCUUUCUGAUUCAUAGUUCAGUCUGCUAAUCUAGUCACUACUCUUCUUCCAGCUGAUAUGUGAAACGUCUGCAUAAUGGGAACCCGUAUACCUCCACAAUUCACCAUUCACAGAAAGAGAGGCUCAUGGCUCCCUUGAUGCAAAAAAAAAUGCACUUUAAGCUGUAAGAGCAUCUUUAUAAAUGCCACUGUGCCCAUUUGCAGGUUUAUCUCUCCUUCCCCCCGUUAUGGCUUUCAAGCUUUUCCAGUGCCAUUUCUGUCCUUCAUCAAUUUCCAUGUAGCUUUUUUUUUUUACCUCUUCAGGAGGUAAAUGUCUUUGCCAGUCAAUGAGAAUAUGCUACUUAGCUAAUGCUCUUGAAGCGUUACACGUGGGAGACAGCUGAACAAGUAAUAAUGGCAACGCAUCAGACCAGAAGAGAGAGCAAGACCGAUGAGCAGGAAUAAAGUGAGACUCUGAUAAUAAGAAAAGGCAGAGAGCUGGUAUCGGCGUGAGGGAAGGAGCUGAAUAUGAAAAGAUGCCUCUUGAAAGCCACUUUGAGUUUCUUAAGUUCUAGUUUCUGUCUUGGGCACCCAUUGCUUUAAUUAGGGGACGUUCAGAGGACUGACAGUUCCUCUCUCUUGCAGAUCAUACUCCAUUAGCAGCAGGAAGAAUUUCUCCCUCUCUGAUAACACAAGAAUGGGGAAGCCAUUCGAUGAGGCUGAUUGGGAAUCGGUUCAGUACAGGCAACAGGAAGUACUUCAUCACGCAAUGCACUCGUAGAAUUCACCACUUAAAGAUGUGUGGUGAUGGCCGCUUUGAAUAAGGGACUUUCUACUGAUUUGUUGAGACCUCUCAUAUUCUUCCCUCCCCUGAUUUUAUUUUACUGCUUCCAGAGAUUUUGCCAGUCUCAUUUGCAUGUCUUCUAGAUCACUGGAAAUCAUAAAGGCCAGCAGGUACUCCUAUCCGCACUAUGAAUAAAUGCUCCAGGAUUUUUGCGUCCGAUUGGCAUUUGAGUGACUAGAGUGGGGCUAUAGUUAGCACCUAUCCUGGACACAACCUAGGUAAGGGUGCAAAAGGUGAGCAUCAAGUAAUAGCUGUCAGAAUGAAGCCAACUUGUGUAACGUUUGCUUUUGAUACAGAAUAGUAGAUGAAAAGUUGUUUUUUAAAAGAUAAUAUUUGUAACAAUAGCAGGACAAAUGUAGGCUUGUAUCUAAAGCUGCCCUUGUACAAGUGAAAUGGACUUCCCCUCUCCUCUUCUCUCCUCUCCUCUCCUCUCCCCUGUAGAUCCUUCCCUGUGCUCCAUUACAUGAGUGGAGCUUCUAUCCAUAAACACCAAACACUAUUCAAACCAGGAUCAUCUUGUACACCGAACAUACAAAACAUUACUACAUGCAAGGCAUAUUGCAUUAGGGAAGCCACUUAUUGAGGCUUGUACCCAGAAACCAAAUGUAUGACUGAUUAUUACUUAUUGGGGAAAAUAUGGAUUGUAGAGGAUUCUGACCAGUGCCACCUCUAUUUAUAGGUUCAAUAAAGCUAUUCCAAGUUGCAUUGCUGCUUUGAGGUUUAGUAGGGACAGCAGAUUAGGCCAAGGGAUAGUCCUGUGCCAAUAGAUACAUGGAUAUGUGUCUACUCAGAUGCAAUUCCUGUUGAGGUCAGUGGCGUUUACUCCCAGGUACAUUGGUAUAGGAUCACAGCCUAAAGUACACAGAUACUGCUGUUGUAGGAGGAGAAAACUGGAGUUAUAACAUUAGGUUACAGCCAGCUGUCUUUCUGCACAGCGGCUUCAGAGGAGAAGCCUCAGCAAUGAAAACUUGCAAGCUUCAUCAACAGUUCAUAAGCCAUUCUUAACUCGUGCCAGCUCCUAUGUGUGUGGAAUUGAGAGGCUGCCUCUGGCAUUGAAGUGACUGGUUACGGCACUGCAGACAGAUGAGACACAUUAUAGCGCAAAAGUGCCUGGAGACAGCCAUCCAGAGGGCAUCAGUCUCUUAGGAUGAAGUUCCGAUGGCUGGGAGGGAGACUUGAGUAGAGUCGGGACAGUUGUUGAAGCCUCUGGCGGGUAGGCAGAGUUGUUGAUUAUUAAGUACACACACACCCCAAUUUUGCAUGCUCCAGUUAGAGAGACUGCCAAGAAAUUUGCAAAAUGGAGUGAUAAAUACUGUAGAAACUUCUAUUUUAUUUUUAAAAGAAACCUAAGAAUUUUCAUAUAUAGUUUAACUUCCAUUUGAUGCUUUGCUUGUUUUUUCAGAAGAGAAAGAAAUGGCCAGCUUUGCGAGAAGUAUUUCAGUGCAGAAGUGUUUGUGUAUGUGGGUCUAUUUCUGCAGGAAAUACCAAGCUCUGAGCAAUAAAACUCUGAACUGAAUUAAGGUACUGGAACAUUUGCUAAUCCAAGUACAUUAGGACAUAACAGGAGCCCAGAGGUGUCAUUUUUGUUAGUAUUCAAAGCAUCUUUCAGUAGUACUGAUGUUGCUUUUUACAGGCAUAUUAAGACCUGUGAAAGAGACUUGAAGCUGAGAGGCCAGAAUUUUGCUUAAAGUUGGCUGGAUAAAGGUGAUAUUGGAGAAUGUGCCUUUCUUAAAACCCUUUUAUCCAUCUGAUGUUAUGAUACUGAUCUUGUGGAGAGCUCAGGAGACACACCUUAUCCAGUUGGAGAGCUUUGCUAGACAUGACAGAGGUAGCCCAGAAUGUUUUGUCAGAGGUAGCCCAAGAAAACUGAAAUCUCAUCCAAAGGUCCUAAGAAAGGGCAAUGAACUUCCUCAAAAGAUGGUGGACUCUGCUUUCUUGAAGGUUUUGAAGCAGACAUCAGAUGGUCACCUGCCACAGAAGCAUUAGUUGAGAUUCCUGCAUUGCAGGGGGUUGGACUCGAUGACCCUCAGGGCCCCUUCCAACUCUACAAUACUAUGAUUCUGUGAAAUAUAUAAUAAUCUACAUUGGAAAGCCAGUUGCAGGCCUUUUGUUUCGCUCUGUUAGGGUGGCAAACUAUGACCAAAAGAAGCAGAACUUGCAGCAACUGUGCCCUCCAAAUGUUGUGGACUUAAACUCCCAUGAGCGCCAGCCAGCAGGUGCUCUUAGGAGUAGUAGUCCCAAACAUAUGGAAGGCACCACGUUGGGAAAGAAUGACUUUCAGCAUAGAAAAUAUGCAUAUUUUGCAAAUUCUUUUUUAUUAUUUACGUCUUACAUAAUGUAAUCAUGUUUCCUUUUCAAAGAAAAAUCUAACCUGUCGAUGGUGUUCUAGAAGAAGAAAGAAAGAGGUUGAGGGAAGGAAAACUCCUUGGUGAUUUCCUGGAUUUUGGACCAUAGUAAAAUUGGGAAGAAGAUUGUGGAUAUGUGGAUAAUAUUUGGUCAUUGAAGGUUCCAUAGUCUUAUAAGGAGGAAGUUAAAAUGGCAUGGCCAGAGACUUUUAACAAGAAAAUCCUUCUUUUUCCUCUGGUGCUGUUGACCCAUAGUACAAGGAGGAUUUUUUUUAAUUUUUAUUUUUGGUCUGUGGGGAGGUAAUAGAGCAGUGCAUUAGAAGGGCUUGAGAUCUAGCAACUUGAAACGUCAACCUGCAUGGAAAUUUCUUCAUCAGGUAGAACAAGGGGUGAUUUGCCACAGCCUCAUGAACAUUGUCAUGGUACGGGCAGUCAUUUCAACUUAUCCACUAUGGUGGUAAACGGAGCUGGGGGAGGGAUCUAGAAAUCAUCUUCCCACCCAUCACCCUUAACAGGGCUUUAGCUAGUAAAGUCAAUGAUGAACUGAAGGUGAAGGUCUGCUGCCCUGGGUACUAGUUUACUGCUUCCACUACCUCCCACACGGUGGGCAUAGCCCAGUAACCAGUUAUCAGAUACAGUGGUACCUUGGUUUACAACCCUAAUCUGUUCCGGAGGUCCGGUUGUAAACCAAAACAGGUUGUAACUCAAGGCGCGCUUUCGCCAGUGGGGCCUCCAAAAUAAAUAAAUAAUGGUUUUAAUAAUAAAAAAAUGGGUUGUCAUCCCAAAAAAGGGACACGCACUUCCGGGUGUGACAUGGUUGUAAUCCAAAACAGUUGUAAUCCAAAACAGUUGCAAACCAAGGUACCACUGUACUUCACACGCCUUUGCUACCAAUGGGCUAGGAAUGACCCUGGAUCCUGUACUUCAGCAUGGCAUGCUAUAAUUUCUGUACAGAGUCUGGAAAUUCCAACAGGCUUAAGACUUGCUCAUUAGCAAGUUAAGCAUGCUUCUUCAAUCCCAUUAAAAUCAAAGGAACCUUAAGUGCUGCUGCUUUAGUGGGGCUUAGGGUCAAACUACACAUUACAGUGAAUGCACAGCACUCAACAGCAUCUUUUUUCUUUUCACUAAAUUCAGAUGUGGUUGGGGGAGUAGUUGGGACCACAGCAUGCAGGGAGGCGAGGUUUGCCCCUCCCACCCACACCCACCCUGCAAGGCACAGCCUUGAUGCUUAGAAAAAGGUUCCCUUUGGCACUAUCAAGAACUUUCCUCCUAAGCAUCACAGCUGUGCGGGAGUGGGGUAUUUUCAUUCCAAUUGUAGCUGGAGAGGAGAGGAAGGAGCUUCCUCUCCCUACAGACUGUACUCUCCAUGACUCUUCCCUCCCCAUGCCUGUAAUUAAAGAAAAAACAAAGAUGUAGCUGUCCAUUAUACAUAUAGCAUAAUAUGGAGUUUGGUCUUUUAAGAAUGCUUAACUUCUUCCAGAUUUAGCUUUCAGUUUUUAUCCUACCAGACCAUUGCUAAGGUGGCUAAUUCAUUCUUUAAAAGAAGAUUAUUAGGAUUAAUAAGAAAAUAUGAAUGCCAUUUUCUCUGAUUAAGAGGACGAAAAUGAUACAGUAUUAUGUUCCAAGAUUUACUUUAGCAAAGAAGAUAUUACUGGCUCUUAGCCAAAAUACUUUCCCAAGAUAAAAGUCGUCUUGGCUUUACUGGGAGCUGCGUGCAUGUAUUUAAGAAUAUGAAUUGAAGAGUGCAAAGUCUGACAUUUAUGCCUUGUAUUUUCAGAGAAACAUCAAGCCAAAAUCAAGCCAAAUUAUUCCCUCUCCGCAGUUGUGAAGGGAAUUAAAUUGCCUUCCACAGUCUAAGUUGGCAAAUGAAGCAUUUAGAUACGAGCAUAAAUGAAAAGGCACACCAUUUUAAAAAGCGUGCCGGAAACAACACAUUUUGGUUGCACAGAAAUAAGUGAUCACACAGUGCAUUUCUGGGAAGACAUAUUUUCCAUGUAUUGAGAUAUUUUUACUCAGAAGCAAUGAAGAAGGCAGUGGAUGUUGUAUUCAACAACUUUUACACAUUAAGUAGGUUUAAAGGGGUGUACAUUGGGCUUCCUUGCGAGUCUGCCCCCCCCCCCCAAAGUUUGGAAGCCAAGUGUUGACUUCACAGCUAGAUAUUAGAAAUGGAGUCCCACUAUGGUAGGGCAACAGUAUCAUAUGCAUAUAUCGACACAGAUAUUGUCUGUUAAAGUUUGACGCGGGUUCUAAUCUUAUAUCCACAAGUGGGAGUAAGCUCUCUAAUUUAGUGGGGCUUAUUUCUGGAUAGGCAUGUGCUGGAUUGUAUUCAUAGAGUCUAAUCAAAUUGAGGAACCUAUGAAAUCCCUUUUUUAAAAAAAAUUCAACCUUCAAUUCUACAGAUUUUGACAGGUUUUUUUUUUCUUUUUUAGAAAUAUCCAUUCCUUUUCUAUAAACAUAUGUUUCAUACAAGCUCAAAUAUUAAAACAAAUUUACAUAAAUCAGAAAAGAAAACAAACAUUUUCAUCAAAAUUUUCUGCUUUUUGUAUUUUUACUGUUAGCUACAAUAAUUGCUUUUGUUUCUGAUGUUUUUUAUCUAUUUUAUAUUUUAUGGUUCUCUUUUGCGGGCUAUCUUGAAAAUCUAGAUUAAUAAUAAUAAAAUGUGGGAAAAUACAAUUUUUGGCUAAUAAGAUACCAAUUUUAAUUUUCUGUCCAAUGUAUUUUACUAGAGAAUUGAAGGAAGAAUGGCUAAUUUUUCAAGAAAGAGUCUAGUAGUACUUUAAUGAUUGUGCAUUUAUCCAGCGAAGUUCUACUCCAUGUAGACCCAAUGAAAUUAAUGGACCUAAGUUAGACAUGUCUAUUCUUUUUAUUAAAUUUUUAUUAAAGAUUUUCUUUGGUUGCCAAGGUACGUGCUUUGUCUCUUUUUUCAGGUCGUAGAGUCUUUUCUACAAAUCAGUUACAUUCGAUGUGAGCCUUUAGUGUUUGAUGCAGUAUAGGGUUGGGGGGAAAGAGAGGGGGUGAGUUGGUAAAACUUAUAUUCUUUGACUUAGUGUAUGUGUGGGGGUUUUGUGUCAGUGUCAUUUGGGUAGGUUCUUUUUCUAUUCAUUUAUUAUUUUUUCUUGGCUGUGAGAGAAGUUGAGUGGAGCGAGCCAGGGUAUGGUUGGUUGUCAUUAUUUGACUGCAGUGAUAGUUGUUUACGUGUGUUUGGGAUGGAGGGAAGAAAGAGAUGGUUGGGUCAAGUUAGCCAUAUUGAUUCGUAUGCUUUCGGUGAAUUCUUGUUGUUGGCCUGUUGGGCUACGUAUGUAAUAAAGGAGAGCAAUAAUACGGUGAAGGCAUUCUCUUUUAUUUGUCCCAGUGUCUGUUUCAGUCUGUUGGUUAGAUUUUCCAGUAAGGCUGUUUCCCAUACGGUUUGGUACCAGUUCACUCCUGACAGGUUCCCCCGAUGCUUCUGGCUGCUGAGAGUAGGUGGGUUAUAAGCUCUUUAUAAUAUGAAUGGGCGUUAUCAUUUUGGGAAAUGUUCAAUAGUUAGGCGUGUCCAUUAAUUAAAAUGGGUCUAUUCUGAAUAAAACUAAAGCUGGUUAGUACCUUAAACCUCUUUUCGUGACGUAGCUACAAUCCUAUGCACCUUAGGAUAAGCUCCGUUGAAGUCCGCAGUGCUUCCUUCUCAAUGUGUAGGUCUCGCCAGUAAAGCACAUUUAAGUUUCAAUGAUGUGUCUUCUUUAGUCAGUUGUAAUGCAACCUUUAGUUUUUAAUUAGAAAUGCAAACAAUAUUACAGACUAUUUAAUCGGCUAGUCUGGGGAAGGAAUCACAUCAGUCGGUGAGAAGCGCCUUGAGUUUUGUCUGUGACCAUAAGAGCUGCAGACUCAGAGAGAGUCUGCUUGUUCCAACAGGUCAAUAUAAAUAUGUUAACUGAACAAGUAUUAUCCUACUGAGAGACUGGCUCAGCUUCCUCUGUCUCUAGACCUAAUCAGACUAAUCUGACACAAAACCUGAAAGCUCCAUUACAGUGGUACCUCGGGAUAAGAACUUAAUUCGUUCUGGAGGUCCGUUCUUAACCUGAAACUGUUCUUAACCUGAAGCACCACUUUAGCUAAUGGGGCCUCCUGCUGCUGCCGUGCCACUGGAGCACGAUUUCUGUUCUCAUCCUGAAGCAAAGUGCUUAACCCGAGGUAAUAUUUCUGGGUUAGCAGAGUCUGUAACCUGAAGCAUAUGUAACCUGAGGUACCACUGUAUAAGCAUAGUGAGCAUUGAGUUGAAGCCUUGAUGUUCUCUCUGUACUUGAGGGGCAGACAUAAUACUAGGGCUCUUGUAAUUGCAGUUAAGGAAAGGGGAGCAGGCUACCUUGUUGAUGCAUUUUCUCUCUCCAGGAGUAGUAUAUCCCUCUGUCUUACCUUAACCAUGGCUAAGGGAGACGUCAGCAUACCCUCCAACAUUCUUCAGGUAUAAAUUUGGACAUUUCUCACCCCCCCCCCACAGACCCUCCUCGACCCGUCUCCCAUUUUUGCUCCCCCCCCCAGCAUUUCCACCACCACUACACCAACGGGGCACAGCACACAUACCCUCUACGAAAAAAACCCACCUCUGAAUCCUGGUUUUAUUUUAUUAUUUGAUAAUUUCCAAAAGGAAAACACACACCAAUAAAUAAAUUUUAGAAAGGGGCAAGUGGACACACAAAGCACCCCCACAAGACUCUUGCACCCCACUCCCUCUCCUUUAUAUGUCAUUUCCUUUUCUUUCUUGUUUGACUUGUUUUCUUCUUUUUACAUGAGAAGCAAGCAUGUUUGAUGUACAGUGGUUUUGCUACAUAUUGUUAAAACAUAAUAUUAAUUAAAAAACAUUUUUAAAAGAGUUGUUUUCGGGGUGUGUACAUGAACCAGACUUUUGAAUUACCAGACUUUGGGGAAGCCAUAAUAGUCUUCAUAGCCUUGAAUUAGAGGACCUGGGAUUCUCCAUUCCUUAACUGCAUUACAUAUACGUAACUAUAUAUUAUUUUGUCACUAGGGAAAUGUGAGAGCAUUGUUUUGUGAUUGUGGUGUAAAACCUGGUCUUGACUUCCAAAUAGUAGCAGUGCUUUCCUCUUUCUGUUUUUGCUUGGAUAUAUUUUUGCCUCAUAUUUUAUUUACUUUUGUGUGUGCGGUUGGCCUAGUUUUCCACUCAUUGGAAAAUUUCCCAGAACAUGCUUUUUGCAAAUCUUUGCUGAGGAACUGUCAAACUUUCUCAUUGCAAAAUGGAAUUGACAGACUGGCUGUUUGCUGAGUUUUUGGAAUAAAGAUGUCAAGCUAACCCUCUUGACACCUUGCUAAUCAGAUGUCCUUCCCUGUUUAUCAGUUUUUAGGGUAAAAAUGUGAACUAACAAUCUGUUUGUGAACACAAAGUAACAUUUUCUCUCCAGGUUGUGUACCCGGGGUGACAACACUGGUUUUUACUGAGCACUGGGAUGGCAGUCAGGAGCUAAGGCAAGGUGAUACGAAAGCAGUUCAGUCUCUGUUUGAGCAACUCAUUGUUCAGACUGAGGAGCUGGGCAGAAUCAGCACUUUCAUUGGACUGGAUGCCCUGUGUCUCUGUUCUGUUUCAGUAGCCACCUGCCAUGUUGCUUCUGAAGUACAACAAGAAAUUGGGGUAGUGCCCUCCUCUGGCAUGUUACCAUGUUUGGCACCAAGAGUAGGGCUGUUCCUACAGAGGUUGAGGUCAGAUUCUGAUAGGCAACAUAAAGAUAAGUUUGGACAAAGCAAAGUCCUCAUCAGCAAGCUCUGGACUCAGCAGGACUCUGGACUCUGGACUCUGGACUCAGCAGGUGGAGCAUACUGCUGCUCAGGAUUUUGGAAUUAUCACUGGUUUAAGGGUCCUCACCCAGUAGCAAGGGAGGCUGUUGUUUCAGCAGGGUGCAAAUGCCUUCUGAGACUUCAUAAAGGCCAGCCUGUGCUAUUAGCUGUGUUUCAACUGAGAAGCUACUUGGGAUCUUAUAGGUUUGUUGCCAUAUUGCAUAGUCGUUGGCUCUUUCAGCAAGGGGGUGACAAGGAUUGCAUUGGAAGAGUUCUCUGAAUCCAGUGAGUCCAAUAAAGCCAUGUUUGGUCUGGAAGGCCCUGGUAGUGGGGAUGGAGACACCUCAUCCAGGUUGUCUUCUGAGCUUGGAGUUGGUGUGAGGAUGGAGACAACGGCUGUGGAAGAUCUCCCUCUGCUGCCGGCUGUUGGAAUGGCUUACAACAGAGGCAAGGAUGAGGUGGUAGCAAAUGGUAGUUUUGUUUCAACUGAGCUGUUGGCGUGGGCUAUACUAUCCCACCUCUGGAGCAAAAGAAACAGGUUUUCACCACUCUCACAAGACUACAAUGUCUAGCGUUGUUUUAGAGAGCUGAGCUAAGAGCAGCCCCCAACAAAGACGGUGCAACUCAUUUCUGUGUGCCAAAAUGUGACUUCCAAGCCAUGUUCAGAGGGAGGUCAGGUCCCCUUUUUCUGUUAGGUGUGGAGUAAGGCUGCUCUUCUUUGUGAGAGCGAAUUAGAUACGAACCUGCUUCACUCGGGAGCUGUAGCGGCAUGUCUUAAACCACUCAGGGGCUGCACUUUAUUAAUCUCUGAGGAAGAUUUUGCCGGGUUCUGCUUUACAUACAUUUCAAAAGGACCCUGGAGUAGUCUUUGAGGGAUUAGCUUGUUAAAUUUAUCCUUUUUCUUCUUCCUUGUAAAUGGAGGCCUUUCCUGCGGAAAGGCAGUUCAUGGUAGCCUAAUUUUCUGCAUUUAAAACACCAGCAGUCACAUCAUUAGGUAUGAGGACUUCUUCAGUGCCUUUCCCUUUGCCUUGUUCUUCCAUGGCAUCUUCCUUCAAGGCAUUUAGGUUCCCUCCCUCUCCCCUCCCUGUACCUUAUUAGUAGCAGCUCAAGCACACUUUGAGACAGUGAUACUAAUUCCCCAUCAUCUGGUCAGGCUAAAAUCUGGCUAUCAAAUAUGUAACUUACCUGCUGGUAUAGCUCCCAUUGUUCAAGCAACACUGAAUCUUACAUAUUUUAAAUACUUUUAUGCCACCCUUCAUUGAAGGUCCCAAGGCAGUUCAUGGCAGUGUAAAGCAAAUUCAAUAAAAUUAACAUCAAAACAAGAAUACAACAAGAUUGGAAAAACGAGAAGCUGAAAGAAUCAAAACUGGGAACCUGCAAAGCUUCAUUCCUAGCUGCUCUUCCCACCCCUGGGUUUUCCAGAUAAGUGUUUGUCACACUAUAGGCGUGUUUGCUUGGCUAAGUGGUGGGUGGCUGCUCUUACGCUGGCUGAUAGAUGAGACCCGAGUGCUCUUUCCCCCUUGACUUCUGCAGUCCAGAGCAACUGACAGUUGAAGCAGAGUGUUCGCCAUUAUUGAUAUUUUCUCUUUGAGAAAGAGGGUUUUCCAGAUGGUUUGAGGGUCAGAGGGGGAAGUGCAUUGGCAACUGACAGGCAACCGUUGUGUUUGAAUGUUUUAUACAUGCAACUUGUGCGUAACAUUUCAAAUCCUAACAGGCGCUGUCUGUCUCUGUAAGAUACGUCUCUGGUUCUCAUUAGCCACAGUAUUUGGCAGCUUGUCAAUUUUUAAUGUUUUUAUCCUUCAAGUAUUCCUUUGAAAUGGGGAGACCUAUUAUCUUGCUUGUAUAGGCAUGGAACUGAAUGGCAGCACAUAUUCCUGGCCUUCUCUCUUUCUACUUUCCUGCAGCAAGAAAUGCGCCUGCUUCUUAAAAGUUACCACCCAGCUUACUUUCCCACCUUGCUUCAAUGCUUCUGCUAGCCAAUGAACAAACUGAACUGAAGUUCAUAAGAAGGUGUCUUAUUCCAAGUCAGACCGCAGGUCCAUGUAGCUCAGGGGUCGGCAACCUAAGGCCCAUGGGCUGGUAGCAGCCCACAGGGCUUGUCUAUCCGGCCCAUGGCAACCCCUGCCGACCACUCUUACCAGCGUGGCAUGGGGACCGACUUCCGGGUUGAUGGCGCCUGUGCGCAUGCGAACGGGCGUUCCUCUGACCCGGAUGUGCGCCAGAAAUAGUGUGCACGCAUGCGUGCGGGACGGAGAAGCACCCGUGCACAUGUGCGCACGCUAUUUCUGGUACACGUCUGGGUCGGAGGAGCACCGGAAAGAGCAUGUGCUCACGGGCACUCCUCCGACCCAGAAGAUGGAUGGUGCGUGGACCGGCCCAUCAUCCUAUAAGCUUGUAGACCCCUGAUCUAGCUGCAUAUCUCUAGGGUUUCAGCCCUACCUUGAGAUGCUCUACCACUGAACUAGGAGUCUUCGCUUUAUGUGGGGGCAAAGAGCACAUUAUCAGGAAAUUUGUGCAAUAAAUCCCCAAAUGUAUUUUUUUGUUACUUGGCUUAAAUGAAAAGCAAUAUUGGGAAACAAUUUCGAGCAAGGAAUCAGGUGCGUAGCACUUCCCUGCCAGCCAUUUUUCCAUUUCAAAUUAACUCUUUCCCCCCAAGUUGCUCUCCCCUCCCACAGGUUUCAGGUGCAUGUUCAAAAAUUGUGCUUAAGCCUCUAGAAUAUGGGGAUGGGAACAACUUGGAGCAGAUUGGUUUUGAGCAGCAAAAUGGCAUGCAGGGGGAGAGUUAAGCACUUCCAUCAUCUAUUCCUCUGAUAAAAAAACAAGUUCCCAAGGCUGCUUUUUAUUAAAAGGGGUGGGGGGCUGUCAAGUGCCUUUUUGCACAACUGACUUUGCUUUAAAAAAGCAUAGCACGUAAUCUAUUUAAAUCUUCUUUCCUUUUUCAGAACUAAAUGUAAAGGAAUCGGAUGUGAGAGUAUGUGAUGAAUCAUCGUGUAAAUAUGGGGGUGUUUGUAAGGAAGAAGGAGAUAGUUUGACGUGUGCAUGCCAAUUUCUGGUAAGGAAUUUUCACCUUUGUUAUCUAAUAUGAUCAAAAGUAAUGAUAUCCUCUGAAAAACUGUCAGCUUGAGCGUUUUACUCAUGUACCCAUUUGUAUGAUCUGGGACUCAGCUAGUUUGGUAAAGAAAAAGUGUUUUACAUGUGUUGUAUAUGCGAUAUAAUACUGUGACGACCAGAUGGCGCUGUGUCUUUCCCUACUGGAUUUCCCUUUAUGAGUUUACAAUGGGCUUAACUGAAACACUUCUUUGAUGUGUCUAGAUCCAGCCCUGGUGUAGCCUGUUCUUCAGAGGCUGAAUAGAACAGUUAAUGUGCAUAACAACUGACUGUUAUGCACAUUUUCCGGGCCUCAUGGAAAAUGUGCACAUAACCUGCCCAUGAAGAGGGAAUUGUACACAUUACCUGAUCAAAUAUAUAAAACCUUCAAGAGGCCCCAAGGAAUGUGCGUAUUUCAACAGCAUUCUAUACAUCCACUGGCCAGUAGUGAAUUGAGCACAACAGAAGGCGAGAGGAGGGGACACACACACUGAAUUUUGGCCUUGCACAGGAUACUGCUGAAAUUUGAAAGACCAAAGUCCACCCCUGCUUUGGGCCACAGUGCUAAGAAACAUUCUUCAUUCCAUUAACAUCUGGAGAGAAGAAAAUACUCUGUGUUCAGGUUUUCAUUAUAUCUUUAAGAAACGAUGCAAACGAUGCAUCUGUAAUAUUUUGCCCAUUUUUAAUUCCCUCUUUUGAAAUGUGUGGUCGGCAGGGUCCUUUGUUGUUUAAUAAUAAUACUUUCCUUUCCUGAGUGUCUUAUUUGUUCACUUUUACUGUUGUAUUAUUAUUAAACAACCAUAACACUUUAAUUGGGGAGUAAGAGCAAUUAAGUGUGGAAACAAAGCAAAAAACUAAAAUACGAAAAUUCCAACAAUAGCAAACUGCCGCUUGAUAUCAUAUUUAUGAACACAUUCCAUUAGGAAGGAAGAACUCUUUUGUGACUUGUAAACCACCAAUGAACAGUAUAUUUAGAUUUUAUCUUUUUUAUUUUUUUGCAACAGUGCAUUGUGGAUAGGCACUUUAAUAUUAAACAAAAAACUUUCUGGACAUUGUUGCCAUUCUAUUCAGUCCUGUGGCAGCCAGGCUGCAGCCUGCAGCAAGUGUGCUAUGCUUUCUUCAUCCUGGGAACAUGAAAAUACCAAUUUCUGCUUGUGCAUUUCUGUCUCGCUGCUGUAGCUGCUGCUCCUUAGGCUGCUGUGGUUUGUUUUUGCAGCUGAAUGGAAUGGGCCUCUGGAAGGAAACCAUGAGCCACGAAAUCAAACUCUCCGAUUGCACCGUUGCCACCCCAGUUGAAUACCUGUACACAGGGUUGCGUGAAUAAUUUCUUUUCCUUGAUUUUUUUCUCUCCCUUGCAGUGUCACACAAAAUAUAUUCCUGUUUGUGGUUCAAAUGGAGACACUUACCAAAAUGAAUGCUUUCUCAGGAGAGCUGCUUGCAAGCAUCAGAAAGAGAUAACAGUGGUGGCUAGAGGGCCUUGUUACUCAGGUGAGUAAACAGCAGUUAAUGGGACAGCCUUUCUUAUUUCAUUUGUUGGAUGUUUCAGUGUUUUUCCUAGGACCAGGAUUCACUGAUCAAGGGCCCACUUCUGUACUGAAUUGUCAUGUCCAGUCUGGACAUGGUCCCUCGGUCUCUAGGGGCUAGAGGAACUAGAUACAAUGGUGAAACACCUGUAAUUUUCAACUGCAUGUCAGCACUGGUCAGCUUGAAAGCAGGAGGUCACAUAAAAUGGCAGCCGUCGAGGGAUGCUGAACUAUUCCUCUGACUGUCAUUACCUAUGUUUAGCACUAUUCUUAGAUGUUUCCUUUCCCCAAUGUUUUCCUAACUGUUCAUUUCUACAUUAUAUUUGAUCUUUCACAUGAAAUGAAAGCCACUUCAGAAAACUAAUAGAAUAUAGUGCAUGUUUAACAUGAGUUGCUGAUUGAUAAGGGUUGCCAGUUUUCUUUGCUGAUUGAUAAGGGUUGCCAACAUUUCAUUUCUUUGUUGGUAAAGAUUUAAUAAGGUCAAAAAGGCACUAAACGAAAAAUAGCAAUUAAAAAUCAAUAAUAAGGUAUCUUAGUCUUAAGUGUCCAUUACAGUAGUCUUAAGUCAUACGUGUUAAAGGAACUACAGUCAUAACUCUGGUUAAAUAUGCUUCAGGUUGAGCGCAUUCAGGUUGCGCUCCGUGGUGACCCGGAAGUAACGGAAUGUGUUACUUCUGGGUUUCACCGCUUGCGCAGACGCUCAAGAUGAUUCCACAUGCAUGCGCGGAAGCGGCGAAUCGCGACCCGCGCACACGCAGAUGUGCAGACACAGGUUACGUUUGCUUCAGGAUGCGAACAGGGAUCCAGAAUGGAUCCCGUUUGUAUCCAGAGGUACCACUGUAGAUGAUUUUAUUUAAGAAGCGCAUAACCAUUCAUUCAGAAAUACUUACCGUACUUUUCUCUCUAUAACACGCAUAUUUUUUCUCCUAAAAAGUAAGGGGAAAUGUCUGUGCGUGUUAUUGAGCGAAUGUGUGGUCCCUGGAGCCGACUGGCCCGAGCGCAGGGGCAAAAAUCAGGCAAAAAUCCAAUUGCGGCGCGUCAGGGAGGAGGGAGCUCCGUGAGAGAGGAAGCUGUUGCUUUCCUGCAUUCUGCCUCAGGGUCUUACUGCCCACCCUCUUCUGUUUUGGUUGCUGUUUGCUCAAAUGGAACAAAGAGCAGGCAAAUCCCCUCGCCUCCAGGCAAGCAGAGGGGAAAGGAAAGGAUCGCGUCCUUCCUUCUAAUUCCUCUCCAUGCUCCGGUGCUGCUGCGUCCAGGGAAGCAUUUUAGGGACUUGCAGGCAGCCGGAAAACAUGCAGAUGAGAGAGAGAGAGAGAGAGAGAGAGAGAGGGAGGGCUGGCUUGGGUGGGUGUGUCGGGGAAAACUUUUGCCUUCCUUUCCUCCCUCCCGUUAAAUCCCUCUCCUGCAUUCUUAGCCAGCUGCUUCUCUGCACACCCCUCUCGUGCUCCUUGUCCCUUCUGUGUUUUUCCUUCCCUCCCCACUUAAAACGUGGUUACAAAGCACGGAUCCACAUGGAUCCUCAGGAUCUUUGCAUUGGGUCACCCCAAAUUCACCAUCAGAUCACAUUACAUGUCCAUGGCUACAGCCUGCACCAAAAAAAUAACGCACCCACUGUUGCCUGGGGCUGCAAUGGUGCAAAAAUGUGGUUACAAAGCAUGGAUCCACAUGGAUCCUCAGGAUCUUUGCAUUGGGCUACCCCAAACUCACCAUCAGAUCACAUGUCUGUGGCCACAGCAUGAGGCACAAAAAUGAUACAUCCACUGUUUCAUUCAGAAUUUUUUCCCCCUUGUUUUCCUCCUCUAAAAACGAUGUGCGUGUUAUGGUCAGGUGCAUGUUAUAGAGUGAAAAAUACGGUAUUAGGUCAUAAUGUAAAUAAGAACUCUUGAAUCUUACAUUAAAAAUCAACUCAACAAUUGCCAGUAAUAAACCUACUAAGUUGGCUUAUUUCAAGGCAUUUUCUGCAUUUUUUUCUUUAGUAUGCAAACUAGUUAUCUAAAGAGUCCUUUUUUAGUUUUAGACUUCUCCCAAAGGCUCUUAAAGUAAGUUAUUUCUUACAUUAAAAUCCUACGGGUGAAAUCCAAUAUAGGACAAGGAGGUUCCUACAUGCACCACAAGUAUUCUCCUUCCUCUCUUCCCUACCUGCAGCCCCUCCAAACCCUUCCAAAUCCUAUCCAAGGGUCUGAGGGGCUGCAGCAGGGAGGAGAGGAGGGGGUAGUCCCAUUGCCCAAGAGGAAGCCAGUUUUGCUGGUGGAUAGACGCAUCGCUCUAUGCCAUGAUUUUCUUUUGUUGGUAGUUGGUAUCGGGCCACUAGCAAGCAGACUGCAAUCAAGAUUUUACCUAUUAUUUUGCAGCUCUUAAUAUGAUUCACAUCACUGAGCUUGCCUAAAAGCAAACAAGAUAUUCUCUUGGUGAUUUACACCCUGUUAUCUCUUUUAUAUUUUCAAGCACAUCUGCCUAGUGCUUUUAUUAUUUCCUUGCAAUCCCGUGCUAUCGUCCUUGCACCUCAUAUUAUCUUCCUUGCAGGAGAAUGCCAUGGGAAGUUGAUACGUUUUUGUAGCCUUUGAGGAAUAUAAUAUAAUAAAUACAAGAUCUUAUAAAAUAUUAUUUUGACUUCAGCAUCCAUUAAAUAACUGGGCUCAUCUCUGCAUAUAAUGUUGCAGUGCAGAACUAAAAUGCCAAUCUUGUUUUAAAAACAGCAACAACUAUUUUCAAUUCCACUUUCAACUUCUUGUGAGUCAGAUAAUAAAGAUUGAUUUUUUAAAAAACCCCUUUGAGACUGAGAAUCAGCUAAUACGCUUUUAAAACUUUGUAUUGCGGUAGCAAUAGUUUGCAUGUCACGGUAAGCACAACACCACAGUCCUGUUUUGAUGCUGCACCAUUUGUUCUAAGUCAAGGUUUGGUUUAAUGUUGUGGCCAAGCUCUUGGCUUACUAAGCAUAAGGUGUGGCUAGGAACAGUGUGGUAUGGGAGCAAAAGGUGACCUGGCAGAAGCAAAGUGGCGGCAAGCUCCUUUUCAUGAGUGUGUCCAUUUGCAAGGUCCCAGUAAGCCACAGUUUGGCUUACGGUGUGUGCAUGCCAGGUAAUUGCGUUAGAGGCGAUUUUAGGGCAGUGCCCACACUGGGCAUGCAGCCGAGCAGGGCACCUUCUCAAAACCUGGUAGGCACUUAACAGGCUUUGGGAGGGAGAAAGGAGGACUCUAGGACCUUGCCUCACACCUUCUUCCCAAAGCCCAGUACCUCUUACCUAGCUUUAGGAAGGCGGGUCAAGGACUGGAGACAGUGUCAAAUUUUGCCUUUGCCCAGGGUGCCAUAUCACCAAGGUCUGCCCUGAUUGUGUAGACAGCGUCAUCAUAGAAUCAUAGAGUUGGAAGAGACCACAAGGGCCAUCGAGUCCAACCCCCUGCCAAGCAGGAAACACCAUCAGAGCACUCCUGACAUAUGGUUGUCAAGUCUCUGCUUAAAGACCUCCAAAGAAGGAGACUCCACCACACUCCUUGGCAGCAAAUUCCACUGUCGAACAGCUCUUACUGUCAGCAAGUUCUUCCUAAUGUUUAGGUGGAAUCAUAUAGUUUAGUUGAGUUAGUAAGUGGCUCUGGACUUCAUUUUAUCUGGAUGAAGGCUUUGUUGCUGUUCUCCUGUAACUGGAGACAAAGCUCCUAUUUCACAUUUCUAUGCCUUUCAUGAAUAAAGGUAAAUAAACCUUGGAAGAACUCCAAGAUCAGAAUAUCAGCUUUUGCCUUCUCCUGAUUUCAGAAAUAUUGCCCCUUCGUGGAUAAGACCAGGGCAGAACCUUCAGAGCUUGGUUGAGAGCCUGAAGGAACUUGGUAGGUUAGUAGAGGAGCCAAGGCAGAAUCUGGUGAGCCAUGUUUGGAGGCUAGAAGGAGUUUGAAUACCACCACUUGAAUCAGCAAAAUACUGGCUGGCUGACCUACGAAUAGCAACAAUAGUAAUAUUGCUAGUAGUAAAUAGGUCUUGCGGGGACCUUAUUUUCUUAUUCCAAGUCCACACCAUUCGCUAAGCUGCCUUGUUUUGGUUUAGCCAUAGUUGGGGAAUAUUGAAAGGCUUUUCAAUGACAAGAUCAGCCAUCUUUUAGCCUGGCAUAUUAUGGGCAAACCAGCUAUUCACCACAUUGGUGGGGCAAAGCAAGUAGGACACCAAGGUGGUUUUUUUGCAAGUUGAGUAUCUAGUUACCACCCUUAAAUUAUUUUAAUGCCUAAACGUGAAUCGGAAAAACGAGUCACUAAUGCCCAGUGCUUAUUGUAGCUCCUUGUUGUGCUGUUUGGCCAUUUCAGUGUUCAGAAUGCUUAUGAUAAUGUAGUGUUAUAUUGCUACAUGACAUUCAUUUUUAUUUUUAAACCAGCGAACUUUGUUACACGUUAGUGCAGACCGGUAAAAUGUGUGAGCAGCCAUGUUGAAAAUUUAAAAUGCUCAGCUUGGGUUGGCUAUUGCCCUUUUUGUUUGAAAAACAAAGGGGCUUCCUUGAAGCACCCAAGUAAGUCUGCGCAACUUGCAGCUAUCUAGGUUCAAGGUAGCCAACAGGGGGCAACUACUCUAUAAACAGCCCCAACCAGCAUGGCCAGUGGUCAGGAUGACGCCAUGUUGCCCAUCCCUGACAUAAAGUACCAGCUGUUUGUGCAGCUGGUGGAGGAAGCUUAGCAAGCUUUUGUUUUAACAUCGCUGAUCUGGACUCAGGCAGGCAAUGCAUUUUCUAGGAUAUUGGAUGGGGUCAGUCCCCAGGGGCACUGUUGGGGCUAAGUAACAGUUAAACGCUGGAGGCUGUGACUAUUUGCAUCUCUGGCUGCCAGUACAAAAUUGUUCCAUUGCCUCAGGCAGAUCGGCUCAAACAACCUUCUUGGGAAAGUGACCUUUCAGAGGCGGUUUGACUCUGCUUUUAGGGAGGAGAGAGGAUGCAUUUGUUUUUCAUGGGCUUCUGGGAUGAGGUAAAUUUCAGAAGCACUGAUAUGUUGAGUGGUUGCAGCAGAAACAACAAAGGGGGUCUGUGAAACUGUAGCAUGUUUAUUGUGCCAUGACAUUUCAUAAGCUGUGGCUUACUUCAUCAAAUGCUGAGGAGAAAACUUGCCAUUGCAAAUGGUAAAAGGUAAAGGUAAAGGGACCCCUGACCAUUAGGUCCAGUCACAGAUGACUCUGGGGUUGCGGCGCUCAUCUCAAGGGAGCUGGCUUACAGCUUCCGGGUCAUGUGGCCAGCAUGACAAAGCUGCUUCUGGCAAACCAGAGCAGUGCACGGAAACGCUGUUUACCUUCCCACCGGAGCAGUACCUAUUUAUCUACUUGCACUUUGAUGUGCUUUCAAACUGCUAGGUUGGCAGGAGCUGGGACCGAGCAACAGGAGCUCACCCCAUCGCGGGGAUUCAAACUGCUGACCUUCUGAUCAGCAAGCCCUAGGCUCUGUGACCACAGUGCCACCCGUGUCCCUAUUGCAAAUGGUACACCCUUCCUUUUUCCAUCACAGAGCUCAGGGUGGGCACAUCCCAUGCCCUCAGAUCAUGUUCUGGGUCAAUCCCAUCUCUCUCUCUCUUCUGAAGUGAGGUCUGUUCAGACUUGCAGUAACCUCUUUGUUUUCAGACCCAAGUCUCAAAUGCUGAAAUGUUCUAAAAUACUGUAAUCCACCCCCCUUGAUUUUAUCAUUUUAUCUAUUUGUAAACCACUCUGAGGGAUUUUUCUUUAAACAAUGAAGCAGUGCAUACGUUUUAUGAAAUAAAAUAAACAACCAAACGGAGCUAAAUUUUGUGCCCGUGUGGUUAGAGGCAUGCCAAGGAGUUUGUGCCAAUGGAUCCUGCAGUUGCUCCAGCUUCACUGGUCUGCUCCACUUCAUUAUAGAUAAGAUACUGGGAGUACCUGAAUUCUGUGGUUGCUAUCCAGUAGUUACAAAAUUACUGCACCUAGUUGCACAAACAACCUUAGCAUUUCUCCAUUCUCACAGCUGAAAUAGGUCGUUAGCCAUUUUCUCUUACAUAUCUUACUGGCAAAUUAGCAAUAAAAGUUAAACUCUUCUGAUUUAUUUUCAUUUCUGUGUGUUUCUGUUAACCACAGUAGCAAAUAUAAUUGCUCCCAGGAUUGACUUCUGCUAAAUUUGUAAAAUUAAGCAUGCACAGUGGGCAUGCAGUUUAAUUUUCUAAUGGAUUUCUGAAUCCACACCUUCAGAGAGACCUGUUUAUUGGGAAGUACCACCUCUUGGCUCCCUUAUUAAACUCUUAAGUUGGAAAAACAAACCAACCAACCUUCGUGCUGUAUUUGCAUUAUUAAGAGCAAACACCAUUGCUCUGUGAGAUGUCAGGUGUUUGCUAGCUUCUCUCAUUCCUUUCAUAACACAUUUCACUGCAGGGAAGGCAGAGACUCUCAAGGCUACAUUUAAUUUUGAACUAGUGUCCCUCAAUCUGAAGUAAUCAAGCCCUUAUUAUGAAUCUUCAGCAGCCGGGGUUUUACAGUCUGUGUUUGUUUAUGUAGUGGAAAUGCAAUUACAACGAUAUACUGUGUUUGGUGGCAGGGGGAAAUAAAGUCAGUGGUGCAAUUUAAUCUCCUCAUCGCUGUUAAGCAGGAAAUCCUAGGUACUUUGCCUUUGGAAUAAUAAAAUGGGGCGGGGGGAGUUCCAGAUAUCAGCUUUCCUGCUUAUCGAACCUCCUGUACCAUAGCUGAGAGGUUCAUAACCAACACCGAACCAGGAUCUAAAUCUUGCCAAUGAGACAGGACCCUUGUUGGCCUCAGCCCAGCAGAGCAGCCCCUACAUACAGACACACAUGCCCCUUUUGCCAGCAGUGGUAGGAGAAGGUGCCCCACGUGUUCUCAGGACACCAUCUGCUCUAAAGUUCAAGCUGCAGUCCGGAAAUGAGAGCCCCAUAUGCGUGCUGAGCUCUGAUUCACAGGCAUCACCUGUUUCUUUUCUGCCCAAGAGCUGAUCACGCUUUACCGGAGUGUUUGCUAUGCCUGUGCUCUUGAUCCUCACAGGGAGCACCUAAAGUAUACAAGAAAGAUGUGCAUCUCCCACCAUGCAUGGCCUGUAGAAAUAGGUGGUAGCAAUUUAAAAAAACCAAAACCUUUUCCUUCUUCUUUGAACGUACCGUAGCCGAUAGAUGAAAGACCAAGUUGAAAUCAGGGCCCAGAAAACAGAGACACUUGGGGCCACAGCCACCAUACUGAGUACUUCUACCAUUGCUGGACUGGGGGGGGGUUAAGUUUACGCUGCUGCCCGCAGACUUGCCAGAGUGGUGUUAAAGUGGGAACCACAAGGACACUUUGCCCAGUUCGUCCGGAACCUGGUGCCAUCCCCAAUGCAGAAGAUAGUUAUGACUUCCUAAUAUGUGCCUUCUGCAUUGCCCCUCAGUGUUCACAGAGGUGUGUUUUCACACAUUACUUGCCCCCCCCAGAGGACUCCAGUGUGCGUGCAGCAGAAAGACUUGCUCCUGUAACCUGUGAGCCAGCCUUCCCUCUCUCUUGAGGCAGACAUCUCAUUGCUGACUUAACCCAUAUACCUGUAAACUAAUAUAGUUAUCUCUCCUUGGUGCAGAAACAGUUUUUAGGCAUGAUAAAGGCAGGGUGUGUAGAUGAAGGUAUCUUCACAUAAUAUAUUUAAAAGGCAUAUGUCUAAGAUUUCCCCCCAAGUGUACAUCUAGAAAAAAGAACGCAACAAAACACUUUGAAAAGACAUAUCAUACAGGUAUGCUUCUCAGAGACUAACCCAGGUACGUUGCUGCGUAGUGUGUGUGAAAUGGCCUUGGGUAUUAUGGGAAGAGCUUACGCUUGACCUAACAUGGCCUGCACUUCCUGCAACUGAACAGCAAGCUACUGUGCUUUAAGCAUUCAGAGUGAAUUUUUUGGAACAUUUUGCCAAGAUUUGCAUGAAAGAAUGAUCAGCUACUGUUUGUAUCCUGCCAAGUAACAGUUUAAGGCUCCAUCUGAGGCUGCACCGCUCUGGGCAAUUAGGUAGCAACCCUCCUGAGGACACUUGUGACUUUAGGGUAAUUGCCAGCAGACACAGUGGGCUUUAAACAGGCGGUGGAGAUAUAAAAGCAAUGGGAAGAAGACUAAAGUGGUGCAAAGAAUCAGGAUAAAGGCUAGGCAAAAAUAUCUUUCAUCUGACACCUAGUUUCUGUGUACAUAAAAUUAUUGGGGAGGGGGCAUUCCAUAAUGUGCUUCCACUAGCCACAAUCUGCAGUGGAACCGACCAAACACAGAGUUACUUCCUGAGUAGGAACAUCAUCUUUAACCCCCCCGAAAGCAUUGUGGACCAUGGUAGCCUUUUGAUCCUGACUGUGGACAGUUCAUUCUCUUUUUAAGGCAAGGCUCUAGCUUACAGAGACUUUUAUAUAUGGAAAAUGCUUAAUUGGAUUGUGCAGACACUUUCCCUUCUGCUGUACCCCACACUGGCUUUCUAUGUUGUUCUUCUAUAUGCAUGAUAAUUUUAUAUUUAGUAAUGCUUUUCACCAAUUUACUCAGCACAGACCUUAAGCUAACAGCUCUGUAGUUUCUUAGAUCUUCCGUAAAUCCAAGACUCUCUAAGUAUCCUAUUUUCCAGGGAUGUCCCUGAUUUAGAGAUGCCAUCCCAGUUUCUGAUUUGAUGCCGGAAUUUCCCACUUUUACUUAGGAUGUCCCUGUUUUCACUGGAGAAAUGUUGGAGUUAUCCGGCCCCCUAACCAAUUUAAGGCAAUCUUGUAUAGGGGAGGGUUUUUAAAAAAUGUUUAAUGUUUUAUUAUGUUUAUUACAUAUGUUGGAAGCUGCCCAGAGUGGGUGGGGCACCCCAGUAAGAUAUGUAGGGUAUAAACAGUAAAAUAAUCAUUAUGGAAUGAGAAGUCACUAUUUUCAUCGGAGAAAUGUUGGAGGGUAUGAAAUCCCUUUUUAAAAAUACUGUUACAUUGACCCCUUUCCAGUCCUCUUCUAUAGAUGCCAUUCCUUGGGACAGGUUAAAUAUUUUUGUUAGAAGAUAAGACGUUUCACAUUUGGGUUCUUUAGGAGCUCUUAGGAAGAAACCACCCUCAGCAUUUAGGUUGGGGGAGGGGAGGGGUGACAGUAUGUCUCUAAUGCUUGAGCAUUUAACCCGUGGAAAUGAUGAGUCUCAAGCAAUCCCCAAGCUAGUACGAUGUAAGGUACCAAAGACAGAAAAAGACAAGCAUAAAAACUGCUUUCUAGACUCCCCAUUACUAUUUGAUACAACAAGCCUGGUACAAACAAAAGGGGCAGGGGACCCACAGUUUAUUUCCCUGUAUUUUACUCACUUUUCAAAAUGAAAUUGAGAAGAAUUUAAUCUUAAGUAAAUCACAAACUGAAGACAUCCCCCGCCCCAUUUUCAUUGACUCCCCAAAGAAAAGUUGGAAUUGACUCAUGUUUGCGUUUGUGGCACUUUGGGUUAAUACAUACCAGCAUUUUCCAUUGCGCAUCUACCCUGGAGGCAUGUUCUGUAUUCUGCAAUCAAUAGUUCUCAUUCAAGGUCCUGAGUCUGUUCCCCUCUCACCAGCUCUGCUGUUUUAUUUUCAUUGUUUUAGAAUGAGGAAGAAUAGGAGAGGAGGACAGAAGGAAAUCACAUAGUUUCCAGAAAAUUUAGUGCCUUAAUACUUACUCAGACCAUCAUAAGAUGACUAAGGUUAAAACCAAUUCACCAGACAUGUCUAAAUCUUUUAAUUCUGAAAGGCAAGGCAACGUAGGAAGUGCUUUGUUGUCGUUGUGUGCAGCCAGUUAAGUUGCUUGAUGUGAACUGCUCUUCAAAUGUAGAACUUUUUCUUUUCAUGCUGCGUUUUCUGACUCUGUAAUGGAUUGGCCAUGAUGUCUCUAUUAUUCUUUGCAAGAAACUGCCUCAUUUUAAAGUCACUGUAAGCAACUCCUUCUUGGCAUGCUCUGCCCUGCAUUCAGAGGAGGGGAAAUUGCAGGGGAUGAGGGAGGAUCAGGACUGAGAAUUUGAGGAAAGGAAUACGUGGGAGGAAGGCAGGAAGAAAUUCAGCAGGGGAGCUAAGUGAUCUGCCAUCUCUUCAUUGGGUUACAUCCAUCAAGUCAUGGCUGUGGCUCUAAAAGGAGUAAGGAGAUUGAUGGCCGCCAUUUUAUUGUCCAGUUGGGAUUCCCCCACUUAUCCCAUUAUGAGUUAAUGCAUCCUUCACCACUGAUUGGGCCAUCAUUAAGGCUAUAUAUGUCCUUCUGGGCCAUAUGUAAGGGCAACCUUCUUCAACCAGAUGUUGUUUUCUGUCUUCAGAUUUGUCCUUCACCCUAAGUUACAACGAUAUAGAAUUACUAUAUUAAAACCAAUUAAAACCAUUUACAGUCCAAAGAACAGGGUGAGUCCUAAAAAUGUUGGGAAUCUCAACUCCAUCACCCAUAGCCAGCAUAGAGAGUGACCAAGAAUGAUGGGAGUUGUACUGCAACAACAUCUAAAGGACACCCGACUGGGGAAGGUUGUGUUAGGGAACUGAACUCAGACAUACACACAUGAAAUGAAGUUUCUUAUUUGAUGGCAUUAAAUGUACGGUGGCCACAUAGAAAUGCCUACAUACUGUCUCCUUUAGUCUUGUUUGCCUCUUGACGCUCUUCAGACAUCUUCUGCCGUACCACUUCAUACUCCUAAGCCUCUUUUUCCCAGGCCGAGACCUAGGCAAAAAGAGUAGUUUAGGUGCUGUCGGACUCCUUCCUUUAUGCAUUUUGGUUGCUGUCUUCUGUGAGGUGGGUAGAUGCAGGGAAAUUGGAAUGAGCAGCUAGGGUAAGUAAAGGGAGAGACUCUGCCAAAUCAGAGAGGAAGACAUUGAAGAACCCCUUGCGUCUUGCUUCAGGUGGGUAAAACCAGUGCUGGUUGACGCCUCUUUGCACUUGGCUGAUUCAGACAGCAUCCCUAUUAAAUAAUUUGCUGGCCUGGGCUCUAGAUCCCUGUAGCUGUUUACAUAAGGCUUUGAUUGGCAGUCCAAGCAGGCAGAAGAAGUACAGAGUCCGGGGGGUAAUUGCCGAUGGAUACUAUGGGCCUUGUGGAAUUCAGCACUCAACAACCUGGAACAUCUUGUAAUAAUGCUCCUGGCCUUUGUGGAUCAGGCUGCUGAUGGGAUUUUUCUCACCAAGAAAACACAUUAUCAUAUAGGAGUGGGAACAGAGUAAGAACUGUGAACCUGAAGGGUAUUUAGUCACACCAGUUUAUCUUCCCUGCCUCCCAGUGCUGCUUGUUAUUCCUCUCCAUUCAGUUGGUCUUGCCCAUUCAAUACAAUCAAGCAGCUUAUAAAGGCUUUUAAAUAAAGAAAAUUAAAAUUACAAAAUUCAGUCCCAGAUAAUUCUAUUUUUUUCUUUUCAGAUAAUGGUUCUGGAUCAGGAGAAGGGGGUGAGUAUUGCUGAUAUUUUUGUUCUUUUGUGUGAAUGCAGGAUCCUAGCUGGAAAUGUUUACACGUACUGCAGAAAAACACAACUACCGGUACAUAGAUUGCUUUUCCUUGGCAAAAGGUGAUUUCUGAAAAGUUUGUGAACAAUUCAACCAUUUCCUUGAAAAAUACAAGUCAGGAGCCUUAACUUUUUUUUAAAAAAAGUUAUGUCAUUCAAUAGCCAAAAUUAAGCAUUGUUCAAUGGGAGAUUAAGCAUCUGCUUAAAUUAUUCCCAUUAAAAUCAAAGUUUCAUAACUUUUACUGGAUUCUGCCGUUUGUUUUUCUAUCAGUGAUGCACCAAUAUGUGCACUAAAAAGCCCCCCCAUUAGGUAGGGUGAGGCAACUGCCUCAGGUGGUACCCACCCAAGGGGCAGCACCCCUGUUCCACUGUCCAGUUAACAGCUGGUUUCCCCUGCCUUUAGGGGUAGAGGAGUCAGUGGCAAACCUCUGUGGAAUACCUCCCUCCUGCAAGAGGGGAAGCGUUCUGCCUCUCAGCUUUGCCCGCUGUUUGGGUGGGGGGCUUUGCACUGGCUUCUAAUGAAGGGAGGAGUCAAUGCAAAGCCCUGCUGCCAGGGGCAGGAGGGGGAGAUCUGGAAAAGAUACCUCUCCCGCACAGCCAGUGGAGAUUUGUCCUUAGAGAGUUUGCCCACCACCCCAUCACAGGGGCAGCAGCGGGCAUUUUGCCCCUGGUGCGAUUAUUGCACAAAUGAGAAAAACAUCAGCUAUAAAUCAGUGUUACGCUGUGGGUUAAACCACAGAGCCUAGGGCUUGCCGAUCAGAAGGUCGGCAGUUUGAAUCCCCGUGACGGGGUGAGCUCCCGUUGCUCAGUCCCUGCUCCUGCCAUUCUAGCAGUUCGAAAGCACGUCAAAAGUGCAAGUAGAUAAAUAGAUACCGCUCUGGCGGGAAGGUAAAUGGCAUUUCCGUGCGCUGCUCUGGUUCGCCAGAAGCAGCUUAGUCAUGCUGGCCACAUGACCCGGAAGCUGUACACUGGCUCCCUCUGCCAAUAAAGCGAGAUGAGCACCACAACCCCAGAGUCGGUCACGACUGGACCUAAUGGUCAGGGGUCCCUUUACUUUUACCUUUACCUCUUAACUCUGUAUUGCGCUAAUGGAUGGAAUUUCAGCUUUUGUUGGAUGAGAGAGCAAAUUAACUUCUUAGGUUGUUUUGUUUUGGGAGAGCCCACAGCUCAGUGGAAUAGUGCAUGCGUUGCAUGACUUUAAUCAGAGUAUCUACAUUUAAAAUGGACCUUGGCUUGCACAGCUGGGAAAGCUGAGUCCUCAGAGAGCCCCUGCCAGCUAUAGAAGACAAUAGGCUAGAAUGGACUGAUACUUUAACUCAGUUUAAGCUGUCAGUUCAUAUAUUUCUAAGGAAGGUAUGAAUGAUUAUUGUGUGUGUCUGGGUUUUCCUGCAGCCGUUUCUUACCUGGAUAUGUCUUCUUGUUCCUUAAAAACCACAAUUAAACAAUUUGUGGUCUUUUAAACUGUGUGCCUGUAGUAUAGGGUAUUGUUUUGCUUGUUAGAAUUUUAUGUAUUUGGUGUUUUUAUAUUGUAAACUGCCCCAUGAUCCUUGGAUGAAGGUUUUAGUUUUACCUGGGCUUCAAUUUUCUACCCCCUUCCUGGGAGUCAACCCCUACUAAGCUCAGUGGGCCUUACGCCUGACAUGUAAACUUGUCCUGUUGGCGAUCCAAAUGGCCUGCAAAACUGCGCAUCUUUGUUGAUGGGUCCACUCUGUAGUAGCUCACUAGCCAGGUGUCAUGCUAGUGUUUGCUGUUGUUGUGAUCAGGUGAGUGAGUGCCUUCAGCAUUGCCUGAGCAGUCACACUACUGUGGGGUGGAUUGCUCCUUUAAUUCUUUGCUUUCCAUAGUUGAUGGCGUGACCAGGCCAUGCUCUGGUUUAUAGCUAGUGCCUCUGAAAUGUUCAUGGAGAUAGAAGGCGUAGCACUCUGCUGUAGUGCUUUUUGUCACCUUGGGAGUGACGAGAGUCCCCGAAUGCCCAGACUCAUCAACUAGGCACUGGCAGGUUCCUUACCACUACCACAUGGGAAGGAAUGCCAAAAAUCCUCCUCAGUAUCAGGACAGUUACGUAGAACAUGGCUGGUGUACACAGCUAAUCUUCUAGCUCUAGGCAAGUGAGGUAUGAUGGGAGAGAGUGAGCCCCUACUAAACUCUUGUCUCCAUGGGACAACAUGGGAGUUUUUCUUCUCACUGGUAGUCAUUUGAUUGGCACUCUUCCCAGCCCUUUAGCCAGGAGUUGUUAUCUCCAGUCUUACCAUAGCUAUUUUCAGGCACACUGGUCACGGUAAGGAAGUGCGGGGCAGCACCUCACGUCACUGUGGCAAGAGUUUAUCUCCUGUGGAGUUAGAUCAUCAGAAUCAGCCCAGCUGGUAUUGCCCAGGAACUCUAAAAUGCUCCAAAAAUUAUGGGGCAGGAGGCAGCUUCAAAGCCAUAUGUUGCAAUCCUGAGGAAGGACCAGCCACAAGUAAUGUCUAGAUUGAUCAGACUUAACCAAGACUGCUCACCUCUACUGUAACGUCUAUUGAUCAGACUUAGCCAAGACUGAUCACAGCUAACCUAUACAGUGGUGCCCCGCAAGACGAACGCCUCGCAAGACGAAAAACCCGCUAGACGAAAGGGUUUUCCGUUUUGGAGGCGCUUCGCAAAACGAAUUUCCCUAUGGGCUUGCUUCGCAAGACGAAAGCCCAUAGGGAAAUCUCCGGGGACCUCUUUUAAAUGCUAGCGGGGGGAGCAAAGCCUUCCCCUCCGGCCUUCAGAAGAGGUCCAGGAAGGCUGGCGGGGCCGAAAGGCUUUGCUCCCCACCGCCAGCAUUUUAAAGCAGUCCGGGAUAGCAGGGAAGCGCUUCCUGCUAUCCCGGACGGCUUUUGAAGGCAGGAGAGGUCCGCGAGCCUGGGCGCGCUGAUCUCAGCGCGCGCAGGCUUCGGCAUGCCGGCAACUCUCCGCGAGCAGCGGCAGCGCCUGCCGCUGCUCGCGGAGAGGUCCGCGAAGCCUGGGCGCGCUGAUCUCAGCGCGCGCAGGCUUCGGCAUGCCGGCAACUCUCCGCGAGCAGCGGCAGGCGCUGCCGCUGCUCGCGGAGAGGUCCGCGGAGCCUGGGCGCGCUGAUCUCAGCGCGCGCAGGCUCGCGCAUGCCGGCAACUCUCCGCGAGCAGCGGCAGCGCUGGCCGCUGCUCGCGGAGAGGUCCGCGAAGCCUGGGCGCGCUGAUCUCAGCGCGCGCAGGCUUCGGCAUGCCGGCAACUCUCCGCGAGCCGCGGCAGCGCGGCCGCUGCUCGCGGAGAGGUCCGCGAAGCCUGGGCGCGCUGAUCUCAGCGCGCGCAGGCUUCGGCAUGCCGGCAACUCUCCGCGAGCAGCGGCAGCGCUGCCGCUGCUCGCGGAGAGGUCCGCGAGCCUGGGCGCGCUGAUCUCAGCGCGCGCAGGCUUCGGCAUGCCGGCAACUCUCCGCAAGCAGCGGCAGUGCUGCCGCUGCUUGCGGAGAGGUCCGCGAAGCCUUGGCUGGACAGCUUUUGAAGGCAGGUGGGGGGACAAAGACUUUCGCCCCCGCCAACCUUCAGAAGAGGAAGGCUGGCGGGGGCAAAGUCUUUGUCCCCCUGCCUGCCUUCCCAGGGGCUUUAAGUGCCCCUGACAGCGGAGAAGUCCUCCGCUGUCCCGGGGCAAUUUUAAAAUGCCGCCCGCCAGCAUUUUAAGAUCGCCUCGGACAGCGGAGAAGCCCUCCGCUGUCCCGGGUUUUUAAAAUGCUGGGGGUGGGAAGAAAAGCCCUUGUCCCCCCCAGCCUUCAGAAGAGGUCGGGGACAGACUGUCCCCGGACCUGGUCUGAAGUCGGUUUCCUAGGAACGCAUUAAUUGAUUUUCAAUGCAUUCCUAUGGGAAACCGUGCAUCGCAAGACGAAAAACUCGCAAGAAGAAAAAACUUGCGGAACGAAUUAAUUUCGUCUUGCGAGGCACCACUGUAUUGAUCAGACUUCUCCCAAACACAGAACAACAAGGAACACAGUGCAUUAAAUGUUACAGAUGACCUCAGAGAAUCAUCCUAGUCCAAUUGCGCAUCUCUCCUCCCAGCAGGCUGAAGGAGUGUGCAUGAUGGGACAGAAGCCUCUUUCACAGCUGCAGGGCUGUUAAGAGAGGAUGACUCUCCAGGAAGCAACCUGUUCAGUGCUUCCUCAAUGGAGUAAUGGCUAAUUGCCAUGCAGUUUCAUUUCUUAUUCUUUUUGUUUAACACUAACCACAGUGAGUGCUUGUUUACCUAAACAAAGUUUAAAUUAGGCACCUUUUUAAAAAAACACACACCCAUAUUUAAUUGUGGACAGAUGGCAAUUGAUUAGUCUCGGCUUUCAAGCUAGGGAAAUGGCAUGCUUGCAAUACAGAUCGUCAUGUUAAUUAUUAUUGAAAUAAUUUGUUUCAGAGUCCCUCUUUCCAAAAUUCGGUUUUUAAAGUAUGAUGGUGAUUAAAGUCCCUGGCAGAUUGCUUUUAGUAAUUAAUAAAUUGAUAAUCAGUAUGCACUAUUCAGCUAACUGCCAUCUGUCUGUUACGCACAACAGUUGAUUGUAGCAGUUACAGGUUGGGAUUGGUAUAAUUCUAAGCAUAUAUACAAAUUUUAAAUUGUACCUUUUCCACUGUGUCCGCCACAUGAGUUGUAUAAUUCUAUUAUUAUUAUUUUUUUAAUCUGAACCAGUAAUACAACUGGCCAGAUUUGUACAUCCUGCUAAUUUAGUGUGAUGUACAUGAGCAGGGGGACACAGGUGGCACUGUGGUCUAAACCACUGAGCCUCUUGGACUUGCCGAUCAGAAGGUCGGCAGUUUGAAUCCCUGUGACAGGGUGAGCUCCCAUAGUUCGGUCCCUGUUCCUGCCAACCUAGCAGUUCGAAAGCACGUCAGAGUGCAAGUAGAUAUAGUUACCGCUCCGGCGGGAAGGUAAAUGGCAUUUUUGUGCGCUGCUCUGGUUCGCCAGAAGCGGCUUAGUCAUGCUAGCCACAUGACCCGGAAGCUGUCUGUGGACAAACGCCGGCUCCUUGGCCUAUAGAGCGAGAUGAGCAUCGCAACCCCAGUAUCAUCCACGACUGGACCUAAUGGUCAGGGGUCCCUUUACCUUUACCUUUACCUUUACCUUUACAUGAGCAGGAAUGAGCCACAGUGCAUCUUGGGCUCAGGUGCUUGCUUUUCGCUUUCAUACUUUGUUUUUUUGUCUCAUAUGACAAAAAUGUGGCUAAUAUUAACUGCUUUUAGUUUCAAGUAAGCUGACUUCCAAUUGUGGAUUCUGAAGCUGACUGGCUGAAACUAACCAUAGUUAGGGUUAACCACAAUUCUGGAUCCAGACAAAACAGCAAACUGUGGUAAACUAAAUAUGGAAGCUGUGCUUUGUACUGAAUCAGAGCAUUGGUCCAUAUAGCUCAAUAUUGUCUAUAUUGACCUGAAAUGCCACAUUUCCAAGGCAGGGGUCUGGAGAUUUAUCCUGGGACAUUCUGCAUGCAAAGCAGGUGGUCUACCAGUGAACUGUAGGCUUUCCUCUGUGGCUGUACCAAUGAGCUACUGCAAAAGCUUCUGAAUUCCUCCUUUUAGAUACUUGAGAGGAGAGAGGACACACACAAGUCAGAGGCUCGCUGCAGCCCAUGCACAUUCCAGUACAAUUUAAACCAUGGUUUAGUGUGACAUGUGAUCACUGCCUCAGAAUAAUGUAUAGGGGAGCUGGUGUAGUACAGUGGCCAAGAGUGGCAAAUGUGGAAGAUGCCAAUUCAAAAAUGUGCCAUUGCUACAAACUCACUUAAGUGACUUCAGACAAGCCGCAGUUUCAGGUUUGCCAACUUGAGCUCAUUGCAGAAAAGGCAGAAUAUAAAUGUUACAAAUAAAUAACUUUUUUUUAAAAAAAAAGUAACAUGGGAAUAAUGACAGUUGCCUACUUUACAAAAUUGCUGUAAGUAUUGUAAGAUAAUUGAUGUGAAACAUUUUGAGCACUCAAAGAUGUUUAACAAUGGUAGUGAUAAAUAUUUCAAACACUGAAAUACCAGUUUUUAUCAGUCAUGCUUGUGCUGGUGUAAAUCUGGCAUUUGCAAGGUGCUUUCUGCAUAAAGAGCUUCUCAGGUGUUUGUGGUUUCAUUCAGCACGCCCAAGCUUAGUUCUGUCCUCAACCCCUGGUUUAUAAAGCAAAAGCACUUGCUGCUUUUGGAUAAUAACAACCUGGCAUCCAUUGUAUUCUUGGAUAUUUGACUGCAGAGGAAAACUUCAGUAUAACGAUCAAUUUGCAGUAAAAUAUGCAUGUGAAACAUUUCCAUUUUGUCAUUCGGAACGGCAGCAAAUUCAGAUAUUUAGAUUAGGUAGCUACCGUAGAGUAAAUUGCAUCUGCUGUGUACCAGCAUGCAGGUUUUUUUUAUCUCCAGUGGCAAAGAGUUUGAGUAUACAAAUCUUUUAGCUAAUGUUGUGAGCUGGUGUAAUAUAGAGGAAAGAGCAAUUGGGUAGAAAGGUGUGGGGUCAGCCCCCCCAGUUGGGUCAUGAGGCUCACCGGGCUGGCUGUGGGUUAGUUGCCAUGUCUCAGUCUCAUAGGAUACCUUUAAAGGACGAAACAGGAUGUCUCCAUGCAAGCCGCUUUCAAGGGAAAGUGUCAAUAAUAUGAAAAUGUGUUCUCUGUUGUUGUUGUUUUAUUUUUAUUUAAUUAAACAAUACUUUGUGUUGACUUGAUCUUGCUCUAGAAUAUGAAGGAUCUGGAACUGAAGUUCAAAGAAAACAUUCCAAGUGUGGCGUUUGCAAGUAUAGGGCUGAGUGUGAUGAAGAUGCAGAAAAUGUUGGGUAAGUAAUGAUGAUGAUGAUGAUGAGGCGGAGGAGGAUGUAGACGAUGUAUUUGUUGUAUCCCAUCCAUCUGACUGCGUUGUCCGAGCCACUCUGGGCAGCUUCCAACAUAAAACACAGAAACACAACAACACAACAGAACAUCACACAUAAGGGGGAAAGUGACUCUUAGCCGGCGGUGUGUUGGGGGAGCCAUUUGUAGCUGCAUGGCCAUACGUCCUUGAGACAACUUGGGGGGGGGGUUCAUAGGUCAAAGUGGAUGCGGGAAAUGGCUGUGUUACUUACCUUUGAACGGUACACUUUAUUCCAGCCAUGCAAAAGUCAAAUGUUCACCUAUAUUUAGAGAACAUAUGCUUUCCCACAGUCUAUUGAGGCAUGCAGCCAUUAUGGUGGAGCAGCCUCAGCUCUGCAUUCUGGGUUUAAAAGCAUCCUUAGAAAAGGUUGCAAACUUGCAUUUUUCAUUCUAAGCAGUAUUCUGUAAUUAGACUGUCAGAGGUACCACAGCACAUUACAUUCAGCACAGAAAUAUACACAACUUUAUCACUUCUAUUAUCUCGGCAGAUUUUUUUCCCUUUUGGUGCUUUCUUUUAAUGUUUAUUGGGCUGAUUAAGAGAAAGAUGUGAAUUUUGAGCAGGUGGUUGUCAUGAGCUGCACAGCACGGCUGGAAAAUUAACAUUUGGAUAGAUUCAAAUUAGUACAGUAUGUGACAUUCCUGCAUAUAAAUAUGUGAACAAUUCCUGCUGAGAAAAUAUCUCUAAAUUAUAAUUCAUCCCUGUUUCUUUUAUUUCAUAAAUAAAUAAAUAAAUAAAUGAUAACGUGGGAGAAGGGAAAUAACUUCCAUCAAGAUCCUCCAAAAACACAGAAGAAGCAUCUUGAUAAUGUGUAUUUCUUUAAAAAAAUCUCCCUUAUUAUUGUUGGCAUCCAUCUGUCUUGAGAGACAAUGGAGUAUAACUCCAGGGGUGAAGUCAAACUUCUGCAUUAUUAGCAUCAAAGUCACCUCCCUGGGGCACAAGCCUGGGCAGUGUAUAUGGAGGUCCUGGGCUGCCCAGAAGACAAGCACCCCUCUCGGACUCAUUGAUGUGGUCCAAAUGAAAGCAGAGCAAUACAUUUGGCACCAACUUGGCUGCAGGAGUUGCCAGGAAGAGUUAUGCGAGGGGCCAUCCAACAGUCUUAGAGAUUCCACUCUGGAUUUGUGUAGGGUUUACUCAUCAGCUUUUUUUGCAAGGCAGCAGAGGCUUAGGAUCAGGGCUACCUUCCCAGGUGGACGAGCCCCAUCUGCCCCUCACUUCCCUCUACAGCACAUGCAGAAACCACCUUCUUGACCGUUGGACCCACUGUUGGAUUGCAUUAUUUUCAGUAUUAUGAGAGUGAUGAUCUGGUUUUCCUAACAUUUAUUUUGAGUGCAAUCCAACAGAACCCUUCCCCUCCAGCUGCAUGCCCACAUCAACCUGCAUAACAAUUCCAACCAUAGCAUGUACCACAACCGGACAGCUGUCCUUGGGCCACACUAUGAAUUUUGGAUUUAGGGAUAGCAGAGGUGUGAGUUUUUCCAAGUGGAGUUUGAUAAUGAAAACAGGAAAGAGAAAUCGGGAGAGAAAUAUUGCCAGCAAAUAAAGUAAUGUAGCUUUGUCUGCUACCAAUGGCGUGGCUAGUCAUUUCAGAUCAAUAAAUUCAGCCUUCCCGGCCAUAAUUCAACCGUAACAUGUGCCCAGAGGUCAGCUCCUGCUUGUCCUGUUCAAAUUGGGGUGGAGAGGGUGCAGUUUGCAGUAGAGAAGCUUUGCUCAUUAAUUGGUAUUUAUCUACAACUGUCUCCUGCCAGCUUUGUUUUUCCAAAUGUACAUAGAGUUACGUUUCAGACAUGGGUUUGGAGCUGUAGGGAAGUACUAGUAAUUUGUGUGGUUACGCACACAUAACUAGGUGCACUUAAUCCUACUUCUCCUGAUCUAGAGAUCUUCAAGCGUAGUUAACAGAAACUUUAUUCAAACAUUGCCAGCAGUCAUGUAGCUGCUGCUACACAACUGUAAUUACAUUUGAAGGAACAUGUGGAUGAGGCUGGUGGUUAUGUGGUUAUUUUGGCAGUAUAACAACAGCAUAGAAUGCAAGCAUGCCAUUGACUCCCAUCCUUCUGGUCCUUUCAGUGUUCUGCAGAGCAGCAUAGGAAGAAACUUACAAAUAAGGUCUGAGCAUUUUGCUCUUCCCUUACCUGCAUUGAAUUCUUCCUCCUCGAUGUAAGUAGAGGUUUUGGGAGGAGCUAUUUCAUGACUAGAGCGACAAAAUCUUUAAAUGUGUACAGAAGUGUAUCCUAAGAAUUAGGUUUCCUAGCAAAGUAUUACAGUAAAUCAGGUGCUUCCCUGUUUUGCUUUGACACAUGUUAUUUUCCAGGCAUGCCCUAAAAUUGUCUAAGAUAUUUGAUUUGCUAUUUUUCAAGUGCAAGGAGGUUUUUCAAAAUAUGAUUAACAUUAUCACAGACUGAGCAGAUAAUGAUCUAGAUUUUUUUAAUCACUGAAACAAAUGCCACUUGAUAUAGACUUGCUAAAGUGUUACUGGAACUUAAGAGCCACUGGGAUUUGGUUUGCUUUCUGCAUCUAUAUUUUUAAAAAACCCAGCUGUGCCAAGAACAGUGGCAUCACAUCUUCCUACCGCUCUCCUGAACACCAAUGUAAAUAUGUUAAGUUUUGUGAGGGUCUCUGGAUGUUCUUAUGUAGAGUGUUGGCUUGGUUACAGAAGCAAAAAGUGCAAUGCCUGACAUAUACAAAAGCCAAACAAAUGGCUCUGCUCCAGUGAACUGUGCAAACAAUCCCACACGUGAAAGGUCUCUUUGGGCUUUGUGUUUCUCAAACAUCAACACACACACCCACACACACCCACACCCCAAUGUCGGCUAAUAAGAUCAUUCUUGAAAAUGAGGAGGCUCGCAAAAGAAGCUUGCGAUGUGAUAUGGCAUGGGAGUCUUGUUCAAAGGGUGGUGAAGGGGUGGAAUCCAGAAAUCCCACUGGAUAUACCAGAGGGCAGUCAUCAAUGCAUGCAUGUUUGUAUGUGAACUAGGCCAUAGAUUUCUCUGGUCAUUUGGGAAACGCUCACAUAUUUUGGGAUGCCCCAGAAACCCAAGGAUUUGACUCAUGCUGGCAUCUGUUUAGAGAUCCUCUCACAUAGCUAUUUCCUGCCGAAGGGAUGGAAGGGUGCUGUGAGCUUUGAUGGUGUUAAUCCAUUAGGAGGUGAGGGUGUCAAGUUACCAAGACUUCUACCCACAAAACAAGUUGAUAAGCGUUGUCAGAGCUAAACAUUUCAAUAUUUGGGGGGGGGGUGCACCCAGUUUGUUAGAACUAGAAGUACCAUGUGUGGAAUGUAGCUUUCCCCUCUGACUGACAGAGGGCUGUGGGACCUUAUCCAGAAAUGGUCAACCUGAACUUCAAUGACCCUUCAGUAAUGAAGCUGAGUGAGUGACCUUCAGUCACCUAAUCCCCUUUCAGCUGAAUUUACCUUACGAGAUUGUUGUGAGGAUUAAUUAGAAGGAUUGACUCUUGUCUCAAACUCCUAGGAGGUUAAGGAAGAGUACAAAUGUCACGAAUAAAUAUGUUUCCUGAGAGAUAUUCUUCUUCUUAAGCUACAUGUUUCUCUGCCGAGGUCCAUGAAGUCGAGCAAUGGACCUUCUUCCAUGCUUAGCCAGAGUGACCCCCUGCAAAUGGGCAUUUGAACAAAUUGUGCCACUUUGCUUAGUGACCUGUUGUUUUAAAUUACCCUUAACUGACACUGACAGGGUUGAACGCCACAGCUGGAAGCUUGUGACUGGACGUAUCCAUGGCAACCCUUGGGAUGGAACAUCACCUCUCUCAAGGCAACUUUGGUUUCCUACUGAGAGGAAGAAGCUAAUAUUCUAGUCACAAGCCACCGUGGUUUUAGGAUAGCCUGCUGUGGAAAUUCCACUUGACACCGUUGCGAUAUGUGGCUUUUGAUCUUUAUAGAGGGAAAGCUACAUUUGUCAAAUCUAGCUCAGGUUUUUUUCUUCAGCACCUGUGUCAGCAACUAAUAUUUAAUUGGAGGGUGGGCAGCUGUCUUUUCAACUGAGUAAGGACUGAAUGGUGAGCAAAAUUUGCCCCACCACUUAUUGACUCCCACAGCAACUCAGACUUCAUACAUAUCAUACAUUUAAAGCACACACAUCCGAAUUCUGGGAACUUUAGUUUACCCCUCACAGAGCUACAGUUCCCAGCAUCCUCAACAAACUAUAACUUCCAGGAUUCUUUGGCAGGUUGCUUUCAAUGUUUUGUGUAUAUGUAGCCAGUGCUCAUUAAACCCAUUUCCUCAGCAUUGAACAGCACCAGAAGAUUUGGCAAAACUCUUCCUGUGGGGAUAAUAAAGGGAGGGGUUUGCCAAAGCUUCUUUACUCUUCACAGAACUGCCCAUUUAUUCCUACACUUUCUGCCUGCAACUUAGCCAAUUCCUGAUCCGUGAGUUGCAAAUCCUUGGAGAGCAAAUAUGGAUUCUGAUGUUCCCUUGGAGCAGUGUCAGUCCAGACCAAUACACUCCACUCUGAUAGUUUAGACCAGGGACAUUCAGCUGGCUGGCUGCUGGCUAGAUAUGACCCUAGAUCAUUUAUCUGGCCUCUACUGACCCCACCAAAAGAAUGUUUUCAAGUUAGGUAAGAAAUCAGUACUCCAUAGCUUGAUGUUGCAUCUCCCUCUUCAAUUAUGUAUAUAAUACGCAAACAUUCAUGUCAUUAAUGCUUCCCACCCAGGAAAAUUCCACUGGAAAAAUGGUUAUGUCCAUGUGGAGAUGGUAGUAUUGAAUCAGUUGUUCAUGUGCUUCUAGCCUGCACUCUUUAUAAAGAUUUGAGGAGUGAGAUUAUUACCCCUCUACUACUGUCCAUACUAGGUCGCUCAACCAUUGCUACUGUGUCCUUUCUUAUAGCAGAUCAUGAUGAUCAGGUGACAGCAAAAACUGCAAGGUUUAUGGCGGGGGCAAUUAGAAUAAGAUCUAUUAUUUGAUUAUUGAUGUAAACCUCCAAAAUGUAUUUUGUAUAGUUAAGUUUUUACCUCUGUCUUCAGUACUUUUGUUUUAUUUUAUUUUAUUUUAUUUAUUUUAUUUUAUUUUAUUUUAUUGCAUUGCAUUGCAUUGCAUUGCAUUGGCUAUGGCUAUGGCUAGUGGCUGAUGCAAAUAAAGAUUCGUCUGAUCUGAACUUCCCAUCCAGGCGUUCUUAAAUUAUGUCCCAUAGAGAGCAGAAAACUAUGUUUUCUGGCGGGUGGUGCUGUGGUCUAAACCACAGAGCCUAGGGCUUGCUGAUCAGAAGGUCGGCGGUUCGAAUCCCCACGACGGGGUGAGCUCCCGUUGCUCGGUCCCUGUUCCUGCCAACCUAGCAGUUCGAAAGCACGUCAAAGCGCAAGUAGAUAAAUAGGUACCUCUCCGGCGGGAAGGUAAAUGGUGUUUCCGUGCGCUGCUCUGAUUCGCCAGAAGCAGCUUAGUCAUGCUGGCCAUAUGACCUGGAAGCUGUCUGCAGACAAAUGCCGGCUCCCUCAGCCUAUAGAGCGAGAUGAGUGCGCAGCCCCAGAGUCGUCCGCAACUGGACCUAAUGGUCAAGGGUCCCCUUACUUAUUUUUACCUGGCCCCUUCUCCCACUUGGAGGAUAAAGGAUUGAAAGUAGACUGUACUCACAUGUGCUCAGAUGUGUUUAUAGGAACCCUGUACAAUCAGGUCUCACCAUUGCAGGGAACACUGUAACUGUGUCCAACCAAAUGCAGUUACAGCCCUAUUCAGACCUUCCUGCUCAGACCUAUAUGGAGCUCCCGUAUGCUCUGCAAUCGUGAACCUUCACUGCUAGCUUGUGGUUGGCCUCUGUCUGUGUCGAUAAACAAUGGAGUGUGCGAAGUCAAACCACCUUCCGGGGGCGCAAGCCUGGGCAGUGUGUAUGGAGGUCCUGGGUUGUCCAGACGACAAGACCCCCCUUUCGACUUUGCUGAUGUGGUCCAAAGGAAAGCAGCGCAAUGCGUUUGGCACCAGCUUGGCUCAGGAAUUGCUGGAAGGAGGCGUACAAGACGCCAUCCAACCGUCUUAGAAACUCUGGAUUUGUGCAGUGUUUGCUCCUCGGCCUUUUUUUUCUUCUCCCAUAGAUGUCCCACAAUGCUACAUAAUGCCAUCUUUAUUAUGAAGCUGAUUACUUCCAGGCCUCAACCCAUUUCCUGGAAAAUGGAGUAGACCUUGCUUUGCCUGUCCAUAGCUGUAGGCCUGCAUAACUAUGGUGACUCUGCAGCUUCUGAAUAAACCCUGUUUUUGGUGUCCCUCUAAGAUGGUUGAAUGGGUCUCAGGUACCUGCCAUGAUGCAAUAUACAGUUGUCUUCGGCAUUCUUGAGGAGGUGGGGAAUGUCGGAAGUUGUGCAAGGCUAGAGGCACUCUUGACCCCUGCAUCAGGAUGCUGGAUGCAUAAGCUUUCACUUUUGCAACUCUCUGUUGCUUGUGAGAUGAAACACUUUGCUGAAAAGCCUUCUAGUGGUUUAGCUGAAUGCGAUAGGAAAUAAUCCAGAUUGCAUGAUCCUGUUUUUCAGAACAGCAUAAUCAAACCAAUGUGACAGGGUUUUGAAAAGCAUGAAUGAAUGCUUUUGUUACUGCAGCUUUCCCCCCGCCCGCCCUGCAGCAAUAAAUUUAUUUAUUUAUUUUGCUUUAAAAGAACACCACCACCACCACAACUUUUUCCUGACUUAUAGGAAGGAACAGAAAUUUAUACUGUUGUAUCUUCUUUGUAAUGGUUUUUCAGCAACGACAAGAUCUGAGGUGUCCCAUAAGGAAAAGCCACUUGGGAGUCAAGAAAGAGAUUCCGUCUACCCUAGAUGGGGAAAAAAAAAUACAAGAGAAAACUAAAUAAUUGACAAUUUGCAGCUUUUUAGUGGCACCUUUUGUCUGUUGCCUAGUGAUACCCUGACAAAAAAAAUGUGAUGCAUUUCUUUUUUAAAAAGCUGCAUUUUUCAGUCUACGUUUAAUUAUUAUGGCUGGUAUUCAGCUAAAAAAAUAUGGGAGCAGAACAACUUUCACUUGCAUAAUGGGACUUCUCUCUCUCCCCACCCAUGUCCUACAUUGUCCCCAAAUUUGCACUGAAUAUAACCCCAUGAUCCAGAUGCACUUAGUUCCAUUGAAAUCAAUGGGGCUGCAGUUACUUGUGCAUGGGCAGAGUGCUGUUGCACUUAGGAUCUGCUUGCAUGCUUCCCACAGACAUCUGAUUGGCCACUCUGAGACUAAAUGGGCCAUUUACUAAAUGGACCAUUUCUCAGACAUUGAAAGAUGAUAGCACUGAUUCCGCAGAAGGAAUUAAUGCGUGCUAAGAGGUUUUUCUGUGUAGUCCCACCCCUCUGGAGCCAGUCCUAUUUGCCUCUGAAUACCAGCAGUGUUUGAAAUAGGAAUGUCUAGAGGUGCUUUUUUAAUGACAAGAAUACAAAGCUGAAAGUGAAUGAACUGCAGCUAAAAUCUUAUGUUCUUUUUUCACAUGGUCCAGUCCUCAUCCGAAGUGCUUGUACAAAAUUUUGGCCUUGCACAGGGCGCCAUAUUAUGGAAGAUGACCAAAGUCUGUCCUUGGCACCUGUAUCACUUUAGUGCACGACUGAUCACCAAAGUGACCCGCAAGUUGGCCUUGAAAUCACAGGUAGCCUGGUGGUCUAAUGUCAGUGCAAACUAGUGGACAUCUCUAGGAGGAUGGCCACAGGAGUGAGAGUGGCUGUGAGUAUUAUGGGCUACGCUGUCGGGGCCAUGGGUUCAAGGGUGCAUUUUAGAUGCUUUGACUCACUAAUAUUAUUAAAUGAAGUAUGAGUUUGUGUUAAUGAGGACUAUGGUUGCCUUUUAUACGCAGAGUGCAGAUACAAGUGUGCCACUUGUACAAAAUGCAGACUGCUGAAUUAAUUGGUCCUCAUCCAAGCGCAUGUUUGUGUCAAUAGGUGCGUCUGCAACAUAGACUGCAGCGGCUACAGUUUUAAUCCUGUUUGCGCAUCUGACGGAAGUUCAUAUAACAACCCAUGCUUUGUUCGAGAAGCAUCUUGCCUGAGACAAGAACAGAUUGAUAUCAGACACCUUGGACAUUGCUCAGGUACUCCAAAUUUUAUUUUCAGUAGAAAACUAUGUCCACCAGCAGACUGAGAAAGGGCAAAUUGUACAAUUGCUUUUUCACGUCAAGAGUUAGAAAUAGGGUUCUGAAUUAGGGUUUUGCAGAAGCACAGAAAAGAUGCGAAGGAUUGAGUUGCCUAAGAGGUUCAGUUUUCAUCAAACGUUUGUGUGUGCGUUUCUGUGCUCUGUAUACCAUCUUGUCCCACCCACUGCAGAAUAAAUUAAAAAUGGAGAAUAUACAGUAGUCUGCAAAAGAAGGGAAAUCAUGUAAAUCUGCUUAAAGUGCAGUUUAUAUAGUUCACAAACUUGUUUUGGCACAGAAUUGUGAUCACCCACCCACCCCAAUUUUAAGUGCGGAAUACACACAAUCCUGUUUUCAAUAAGUUCUUUUUGCAUAAUAAGUAUGAAUUGUUGCCCACAGCCAGUGAUUUUCAAGACAGACUGGGUUCUGUUGCAGGGAUAUAACAUUUUUUAGAAAGGCAACAUUGCUCUGAUUGGGUAUUGUUUGUGACACCACUGAGAAUGAAGCACAUGCUGUUGUGUGAACUUUAUUUUUUAACAAAAAGAUGUCUUUAGUCGUUCUAUGCUCUCCUGCUGUGCAGUUUGAGCACUGGAGCACUCAUCCAGCAAAAGCUGCAAAGAGCAGCAAGGCUCCUCCUCUUCCUUUCACAUUCCCACAACAUUUGCUGGUGGUUCAGGGCUUAGACGAAUAUCCAAGGAUAAAACGCAGUUGGGUACACUUCAGUGCCCACACAUAAAGGCCCAGUGUUCCACAAUGAAAACUGCAUUUACUAUCAAAAUGGCUUAGGAGACUUGGAAAAGAAUAGAGGUAUGUUCUCACGGUCUAGGGUCCUCCAGGCUAUCUGACACAGCCACAAGGUUCCCUCUUCGUGAAAAGAAGAUAGGUGGAAGAAUUAACAGAGAGAGAGAGAUUUAAGAUGGUGGAGUUUUUUCAGAGGGUUACAUUGCAGAGAAAGGCCAUGCAGUUUUCAAUGUUUCUUGCUUUAUAGCCUCCUUUUGGAGACUGAACAUAAUCUUGCCCUAAUGGCUGUUUCUGCACCUAGGGGAUUUGAAAGAACAAAACUGUGAUGCUUGGAAAAUGAAAGUAUUAUGGUAAUAAGAGGAAGGAGUGCAUAUGUUGUCCAGGCAUCACACCUCAUACGCUGAGGGUUGAUUUAGUUUCGGACUGAGAUAAAGUAUCACAACUAACCUUAAAACGUGAUAUCAUGACCACAUUUGUUCACUACACUUGACUCCCCUUGUCUAAGGAGACGUACCAAAUCUGUGGAACGUUUGGCUGCUUGGUUUCCCCUUUCUGCAUCUCCUGGAGUUCAAAAAUUAACCCACAUACAUAAGGGCAACUCUGGACAAUAUUGUCUUCUUAAGCUGCAUGAAAAAUACAGUGUUUCACCACCUACUUGCUGUUCAGUAGCCUUCUCAGGUAUCGAAAUAAUACAACAAAGCAAUAAAUAUCUUUGGUUCUUUUUAUGGUUUUCCUCAAAUAGACUCCGACGACACAAGCUUAUUGGGGAAAAAGGAUGAUGGAAUGCAGUAUCGGCCGGAUGUGAAAGGUAGGAUUCUAACACUGGACUGCCCUUCUGUCUGCAGCGCUAGCAAGGAUGCUGGACUGGAUAGGUUGUCGAAGCAGGUUUUUCUCUUGCAGGAUGGCAGUUCUCGCAGGUCCUGAUGAAGACAUGCACAUUGCUGUUAUUUAAGUGCAGAAAGAAGCAUUUCCUUCCCUCCAGAAAAUAUUUAUUGGAAAGGGCACAGACAUCCUUCAAUAAUUGAGUUAAACCUGUUAAAAUAACUUGCCGCCUCCAAUCUGUUUCAAAGUAAUGCAUUUUUGCUUGAACAAAUACCAUUUUACAAGCACUUCUGAUGGCCUUGGCAGUUUUGCACUGUGUGUGAUGAGACAUUUUGUAUAAUAAAGCCAUUUUUAUUUAUUCUGGAAAAUUUAGCAUAUAAAUAGUCUUAAAUGAACUGAUGUUGUGUUCCUUUUGCUCCACGAAUGGAGUUAUGAUGUUGUUCUAUUGUGGCCAAGCUCUCAUGUGUUUCUUAUAUUAAUGCUAAACACUCCCCUGUUAUUAAACACGGAAAAGGAAGCUUUCAUGUAUUGUUCUGAAGGAUGACUUAUUCCUACAAAAUAGAUUUCCUGUGUUCUGCACUUCAGAUUUAAAGGUGACUUUUAAAGCUGGCAGAAACUAAGGAAAGAAACCAUUUCUACAGAAAAGCAAUUUCCUCCUUCUGACACUUUCUCUCUCCCCCUUUUAUUGUUUAUUGGAUAAAUUUGUGCUAAAGGAAAAGGAAAGAGAGAAAAGCCUCUGGGCUUGUUUGAACUUAUCUUUGGGGCAGUGGAUAGAGGGACAUUUCUGUGUGGGCACAUCAAAGAAUCAUUCCAAUUUCUGAUUAAUUGAGUCUGGAUUAACUAAUUAUUAUACCUUGUCCAUAAACUGAAAGUGUUAGCCUUUCGUCUUGCAUCAGAACAGGUCUUGCAUCAGAACAGGUAAGGGGCAACUUACCUGUCUUAAGCAAUCUAGAAUAUGCAUUCAACUGUUUUGGGCAGAAUGAUUAGGUACAAUAUACAAAAAUCAGUAUAAAUGAAAAAUAACUAACAUAUUGAGACAAUAACAGCUACUAGGAGAUCCAAAACGUAGAAAUAUAGCAGACACUACCAGAUCCACACACCAAUUCUACAAGUAUGCAUUUAUCACUGGGACAACAACACUAUCACUUCAAUGCCUAUUUCCCCAAGUUCUCACAAAAAGGUGGGGCAAAAUCGCACACACUCCCCAUGCCUGGAAUUCCCUGCUCUUACCAGGGAGUGCUUUUAAUCUUUCCAUCCCUGCUACAAGCCAGUUGAGAUUGUGGCCUUUUCCACUGUACCUCCCAUUUUUAAGAUAGGAGAACCUAAUAGAUGAAACCAGGAUAAAACUGACUGGAGCGCUGUUCUGGUUCUGCUUCUGCAGUUUCUGACUCUCUCUGCUUCCAGGACGCUUUGGUUUGCCUGCCUUUGCAUCUCCUGAGCUAAAAGGCCUUCCUCUUGAAAGAUCAGCAUUCAGAUCCAGUACAAGCUGAAACUUCAGUGGUUUAGCUGCUCUGUAGAACCUGUCAACCUCUCUUUUAUCUAGAAGUUUGACCUCCAAGAUCUAUUUUGGAGCCUUGGGAUGUCUGCAAUUCCUGGGAACUUAACUGAAAGGAUUUUUUUGCUGGGUUUCUCUUCCAUUCUGCCCCAGUUAGCUUCUCUUUGCUCUUUCUGCUUGAGAUAGAAACCUGGGAACCUGAGAGGCAUUUGCUUGGGGGCGGAGGAGGAGCAGGAGGAGGAGGAAGUUCACAUUGCAGGCGCAGACUGUUAUGCAAGGUGGGGAGGGGGGAUACCUUUCUUAAUAAAACCCAAAACGCAAACCAGGCUGAAAAUUGUUUUGCCUACCAUGUAAUUAUCAUCUGUUGUGCAGGCACUCAAGCAAGGAGGAGGAGGGGACAACAGAGAACGCAAAGUUUCCAUCAGCCAGAAAAUAGCAACAAUGACUAUGAGAUCCAGUUGUGGUUUCUGUCUCCGAGGUUUUCAAAAUAGUUUGAUAAACUUUAAGGGGGUCACAGGAAUUGACUUUGGAGUUUGCUGCUUUUUAAGAAGACAUGUUAAGGCAACUUUGUAAAUAAGUUCACAUAAGUUUCUGGCUUAGGAGAACAUCUUGCAUCCUGCCCACCUCAAACGUACUUUCAUGAAUUAUUCUACCUUUUCAUUGGUGGAACUUAAUAAUGAUUACAGCAGCAGUAGCCAACCUGGUGCUCUUCAUGUGUUUGACUCCCGACUUCCAUCAUCUCCAGCCAGUACAGCCAAUGGUCAUGUAUGAUUGGAGUUAUAGUCCCAUCAGGAGGACCCCAUGUUAGCUACUUCUGGUGUUAUAUCUAUAUCUGUGCUUUUUGCUAACCAUGGUUAGCUUCAAACCACAGUUUGCAACCGUGGUUCAAGCUAACAACCAUUUGGGAAAAGACUGCUGCAGAUGUAGCACUAAUUGCAUUUAAGGCCUCAAAAUGAUAGGAAAGGGGGAAUUGGCCUACAAGUGGGGAGAAGGAAGGAAGAGAAGUGCCUAUGCAGUGUUCUUGAUCUUCUUAUCAUGGCUCUAUUUGCAGUAGUUUCCACCUGAAGUGUAGACAAGUUGUAACAAAGGGAGCCAGCUUUGGGGCAGGGUAUGUCUGCUUUUUACUAGUCUUUCUUUCUUUCUUUCUUUCUUUCUUUCUUUCUUUCUUUCUUUCUUUCCCUUCAGCAGGCCUUCUUGCCAAAUAAAUAAGUUCAAUUUUGUUUGCAUGUUAUUAAAAAGCAGAAGAGAGAUUUAGUUUGCAUAUUAUUCAAAUAUCACAGAGUGUAAUGGGAACAGAAAUAGAAAUGUUAGGAAUUCCUAUAUUUUUAUAGACAUCUGUCUCCCCAGCCAGGAGAUAGAUAAAUUUGGUCAUGCUUACAGACCCUUCUCCACUUUCUUAUUUAGAACUUAACAAUUAACAGCAAUUCUGGGUCAUCUUCAGAGGCCCUCUUCAAAAUGUCUCUACUGUCUUGAGGUUAGGCAGGUGGCGACCAGGGUAGGAUAUUUUGGGGAUGGUGUCCUGUUCUUUGAAUGCUCCCCCUUGGUGUUUGCUGUGCUGUCAUUUCAGUACUAGGCAAAGACCUCCUUGUUUUUCCAGCUUUCUUCUCAUUACGGCACUGUUGAAAUCCUGAUUUUGAUCUACUAUUUAAAGUUUGUAUUGUUGUAAGGGAUUUUACGUUCCAGAUUUCAGUACAUUCAUUUUAUUUCCUGAGAAUUCAUGAUAACAUUGAAUAAUAGUAGUAUGAAUUUAAUAUUACAAUAUGAGGCAAUAAUAAAACUGAUCAUUUUUAAAAGUAUUGAUUUAAGGGGGAUGAUUGAUAUAAUUAUUUUGUGUCCCCCCCCCUUCUAAUUCAAACUUUUUAGACAGGUAAGUAUUUACCAAGAUAUUUGCAUUGCAAAUGAAGUUAAACCAUUUGAUAAAGUUGACUUCCAUUCCAAAUUGUUUCAUUACUGAAGUCAUAGAUUUCUUCAAGGCAGUCAAAUGCCUUUUAUGCAGCAAUAAACAGAAAGGUGGAAAGGUUGAUUAUCUUUAGAAGUCUGUAAAUAGAGAAUUAGGUCUAUAACCUAAUUCUUAUAUUCCUAUUCUAAUAAUUAUCAGUUUUGUACCAGGCACAACUUUCUUUGAUCCAUGUUAAUGUAAUUCUGUAUGGUUUGAAGGGGGCGAAUUAAUAUUGUUAUUACACUGAUCCAGACUGUAUUGUAGAAAUCCGUCCAAGAGUAUAGCUAACCUAGAUGUCAUUUUCUGAGUAAACAUUUAACAUAAUUCUAACAGUAAACUACUCUGAUUUUAUAUUAUUUUAAUACCUAAAUCGCAUUUAACAUUUAUUGCUCUGUUGAAUUAUCCAAAGUCCUCCUUUUGUAUCCUAGGGAUAUUCCUUUAGGGAGAGGGCUCUAAGAAAGGCAUUAGUUUAUUAUAUAUACUGUAUAUAAAUUAAUUGAAACUUUUGUAAACGCUCUGCAAAGUCAUCUAAGGAUAUGGCUGUUGUUUAUAUGGCAGUGGGCACAGAUAGAGAAUCUUUUUGGCUCUGUCAGCCAAAUCCUUAUCAGGCUAAAUUUGACAUCUGGGUAGGGCUGCCCACCUUUCAGUUGCCUGACAUCACAAUGAUGCCCAGUGACCAGGUGCUUUGAAGUAUCACAUGCAGCUGAUCCUAUGGGCGUCGACCUUUCCCUUGUCAAAGUGCAAUUGAGAAUACACUUUAAAGCUCCCAAUUUUGCAUUGGCAGCCACAUGAUAUCACAUUUGGCAUGAGGUGUGAGGCAGGUGGGUGUUGUCCUGGAGAAACAUCCUCAUGGGACAAAUUUGAACUCCUUAUGGACCCCUUUCAGUAGCUAUAUACUGCUGUGAGUGAAAAAAAGUAUUUGUUUGCUGACAUCAUAGCCUGCUUUUUUGCCAAAAGAUGGCAAACAACAAUAAUCCAAGUACAAUAAAAUAUAAUAAUAAAAAAAUAACAGAGCAAUAAAGACCCCCCUCCAAAAAAACCCUAAACCAAAGCAGGCAAAACACCAACGAAAUCAGUAAAGUUAAACAGCUUUUAAUCUUCCUUCAAUUUCUACCAUUCUUCUGUUUUUCCGCAAAGAUGCAAGUGAUCAAAGAGAAGACAUCUACAUUGGAAACCAUAUUCCUUGCUCGGAAAGUUUUAGUGGCUACUGCAUCCAUGGGAAAUGUGAAUUCAUUUAUUCUACACAGAAGGCUUCCUGUCGGUAAGUCAAUCGACCAAGAAGAUUUGGAAAUUGGAAAUUUGUGCUCAACUCCACAAUUAGCGUAUUCACGAUGAUCCAAGCAGAAACAGCUAUAUCUGAAGUUCCCCCUUUCCGAGUGAGCAUCAAAUAAAUUGGGUUUAUGCAAGCCCAGUUUUUGUUCUUCUUGUUUUUAUUAACUAUUUAUCGACUUGUCACUAGAUCCAAAUGAGUGUCACAUUCUAUUAACAUGGAAUGAAUAAAUUAUAGCAAUAUUCUCUAAAUAUAGCUUGCUAUACUCUUAACCUCUGUUCUAUUCUUGUCUGUUGCUAAGUGAACAAUAUAAACCCUUGGAUUAAAACAAAAUGAGAGGGGAAAGUUAUAAAAGAUGGCAUAAUUCAUUUUCAUUUUGGUGCAGCUUUCUGGGUAUGAGACUGGCAUAGGCCUCCGUAGAGCUGUUUCUCUACUCUUCCAUCUUCCACAGCGUGACAAGGCAUCGCUAGGCACUAGAAAUGGUUGAACAACCUGGUGCUUGCCCCAAAAAUCAGUCGGGCCCUUUGAGUGUUCCUUUUGAAUUCACGAGGGACCCAACUGAUGCCAGCUUUCUAUUGCUUACUACUCCACCCCCUUCCCUCAAGGAAGCCACUUUGGGGAACAAAGAACAAAGCUGUAGUGGAGAGUUCUGAUGAAGACAGGAAGAGGUCCAUAGAUUGGACCUCUUUUAGAGAAAGUGAUGCAUCAGUUCCCAGGAGGGAUCUUGGGUGUGCGUAGAUGGACCCAGUUGUACCCAGUGGCAGAAGAUGCUGUCCAGCAUACCUUGCUCUGAUGGAGGAAGUGCCUUCAGAUCCUCUCAUUGGGUACCUCUUCCCCACAGUGGAAUGUCUCUCUUCCCCUUGUCCUUUUGGAAGGCUUUGAACCCCAGCUGCCCAACACCUGCUAACAAAAUCAAUGUGUGCAACCUUCUCGAGGGGGGUGUACCUAUGUUGCUUCCGUGUUUGCGUACUGCCCACCCGUGCUUUAAAUUCUCAUCCCACCCCUUCCAGGUACAAGAAGUCUUUAGGCAACUUGAGAACCUUUAGCAAGUGAGGGAGGAGGGUGGGGAAAGGGGACACGAAGCAGGGUCCAGUUGAGCCCCCAUACAGAUUUCUGCAGCAGAAUGGAUUCUGCUUUGAAAGAAAAAGAGGAGGAGGGAGGGAGGGAGGAGAAAUCCUUGUUGUAUACACACUGGAGCACGUUUCAUUGUGAUCUUCUAUUGAUCAUCUGUGUCCAGAGCGGUCCUCAAAGCAGUAGUGGGACUGCAUUUUAUUUCGAUAAAUUUUGAAAUAGCUGUUAAGUCCUAUGCAAUUCAGGCUUAAAUUUUUAGCUUAAAUGUCAGACCAAAAUUUUAACCACAUAGAAAGCAAUGUUUCCCAGGAUUUAUUUACUUUUGUUAAGGCUGCAGGAGAAAAUAAUCAUGAUAGUAUAAAACUGGCGCAAGUAGUGUAGGCACACCCUAAAAAAAUUGUUUCCAGCUUUUUAAAUUGUGAUGGUCCUCAGUUACCAUUUAUAACAUAUAGCUCUGUAUCUUAAAAUUUAGAUGAUCCUUGUGUGCUUUUUCUCAUGCUUUUAUGAGAAUAUGUGAUUCGUUGCCUUGAGUCUUUCACUGUGGUCUCACAGUUGCAGUUCAGCACUGUCUGUGUAAUGGCCUGAACUUUGAAUAGACACUUCCUCUAAAAACAUUCUCUCUUCUCUUCCAGGUGUGAAUCUGGAUACACAGGACAGCACUGUGAAAAGACGGACUUUAGCAUACUUUAUGUUGUCCCGAGUAGGCAAAAACUCACACAUGUCCUCAUUGCAGCAAUAAUUGGAGCUGUCCAGAUUGCCAUUAUUGUUGCAAUUGUGAUGUGCAUAACUCGGUAAGUUGCUUGGGGGGAAAGUACAAUGGGUGCUUUUCGCCCUUUUUAGAAGUUCAUGACUGCCACAGUUGGAAUCCUAUUGCCAUAUCUUUUUAUGGCCCUGAUUCAUUCAGCUUCCAGUGGGAUUUAUGGGCCUACAAAUUUGAUUCAGCAGGAUUCAGGUUUGAAAGGUGAUGCAUUGCAUUUCAACAUUUCAAAUGUUGAAAUGAAACUAUUUGGCUCUUAUAAAAAUGUCUAAAGAACUAGGUAAGAAUGUUAUGGUUUAGGAGAAGUUGGUAAAAAUUAAGAUUUAAGUUUUAAACUUUAAGGUUUUCUAUGAUAAGAUGAAAAUAGAUCAAGGUAAUGUGAUGACAGAAUACUAUGAAUUAUGGAAAGGAUUUGCUGUGAUUAUUAUAAAACAGGAUACAGGAAAAGGGAGGAGGAGGAGGUCAAGGAAAGAAGGUAUUGAAAGUGGAGAAUUGGAGAAUGAUGGUUUUAUUUUAUUUUUUUUAUUUUUAUUUUUCUUUUGUGUAAUUUUCUAAAAAAACUCUUUUUUCAAUAAAUAUCAUUUUAAAAAAAAGAAAGAAAGGUGAUGCAUUGGAUAGUAGAGAAGACUUCAAGCUGGGAGCUGCUGUGAUGUAGUGGCUAAUUGUGUGAGCGAUGAGUCAGGCUAUUCCUGGUUCAAAUCUCAAUCACACACUCACUAGAUGGUCUUAGGCAAGACACGGUUCUUUGUGCACACACACAAAUCUGUCACACAGAAGCCAUGAUACCUUGCAGAAUGUUUUGUAAGAAUUGCUAAGAUAAAGUAAUGCUUUGAACACCCAAAAAAACUUGGUGUGUCUAGGUAGCAUCUCUCUAAGGUAUUUGCCACUAUGUGUGCAAGUGUUGACAUUGCAUGUAGCGUUUUGGCACUGAAUUCUGAGCCUGCCAAAUAGGAAACUUUCUCAUUAUGUCCCCUCCUUCCAACUCUGUAUGUACCACAAAAUCUGCUGAAGAUCUUUUCAUAUCAGAGUGGAAUGUUGGCUGCUUCCUUCUGGCUCAGCUCCAGAGAUGGAUUAGGCACGGCAGAGAGGUAGAGAGAAAAUCUUUCCUCCGGGAUAUGAUAUUCAUAUACAUCUCUCCUUGUUCCUGUUAUGCAUGCCAUGGCCUAAAAUACUUCUACAGGACCAUUGCCUAUUCAUCCACACCCAUAUCAAGGAUGGCAUUCUCUGCAUUUAUGGUCUACUGGCUUACACUGAACUAGCACCAGUUCUCAUGAUGGAGUUCCUAUGUGUCGCUAGGAAUGUAAUGCCAAUAUGGGGCUAGGGUUCUAAAUUUAGGCCAUUAUGUAUGAUGUCACUUCUUGAAGAAUCAUUCAAAGCCAAGCCAUCGUGUCCACCGCACAUGGUAGAAGUGAGGGAGACGUCUCUCUCUUUCAUCAUGGAGAUUGGAACAUUGGGUUGGUCCUAUUCAUUCACGUAAUUUUUGAAACUAGGUCUAUGAUUUCGACAGUGCUACUUUUAUUGGUUCCUCCCAGACCAAGAAAAACUAAAACCCACAAACAAGGUAGCCAACAGGAUGAUAACUUCUCAAAAUAAGAUGGCUCGUUACCUCGUAAGGAAAUGUCCUGCAGCAAAAGGUCUUGGUGAAUUAAUCAUAAGGCUGCUAGAUGUUUGGCAUUGUUAAGUUUGCAGGAUGGGAUGGAAUAUUUUCCCACAGUUGGCUGUACCAUGUGUCAGGGCCUGGAAGUGGCAACACAUGGCCCAAGACAGUUAUUGAAAUCAACAUGAUAUCAAGUCAGUAGAAGAUUUGCAGCUAGGCAGAAACGCACCCACCCACCCAUCAUUUAAGAUUUGGCUGGAACUUGUAGUUCUUAAUACUAUAUGAGGAGUCGACUGCAUUCUGGGAGCAAAGCCAAAAUGGGCUAGUAUAAAAAUAUGAAAUGCAGAGAGUUUGGAAAACCUUUGGAAGUGCAUACCCACUGCUGAGUAAAAUGGGAUAACAUCCUGCUUGCUGCUGCACUCUGCUGAAAUCCUGAGUGCUUGGCUCUAAUGAGGCAGCCUACGAGUCCUGGAGCAAGCAGUGCUGAGUUGCUUUUUCAGAGGAUUAGAGGUAAAAGGUUUAGAUGUAUUUUGCAGCCUGAUCAUACGGAAGUCAGUAAGUACAUGUAUUCGAUCUUGACAUCAAGACUAAAACAUGAGUCCAGAAAGACUCCAGUAAUAGUUCCUGUGUAGGUACAUCAUAGGUAGGUUUUCUCAGACCACGUUUAUGAGCCCACUGAAAAGAUGCAGCUUAGUCCGAAGUAAACUGCACCUAGGAAUACAGCCUUAGUCUGUCAUAUUUGACUCGGCUUCUCGUAGUUUAUUGUAUUUUAGUGUUUGGUUGGAAGCUGCCAGAGUGGCUGGGGGGACCCAGCCAGAUGGGCGGGGUAUAAAUAAAUUAUUAUUAUUAUUAUUAUUUGUCAAGGCUGCCUCAAGUCUUAGCUCACAAAAGACCAACGCCUACGUCUUCUUGUAUACAAAGGUGUUUAUUGCAGUUCAUGGUUUGCUUGACAUCCUAGGCGCGCAGCCUUACGUCUCUUACGCUAGACCGCCGAAGUCCCCUCUGAGUCACUCCCUCCUCUGCACCAAUUUAAGAGACUUGCGCUGCUCCACCUCUUUCUCUCCUUCCUUUUCCGCAGGGUCCUUCUGCCCCCUGGGGUUGCGCCCCUUCUGGAUUCCUCUGACGCUGAAUCCCCAGACUGCUCUUCCCCCCCUCCUGCGGGCUUUGGGACCUGGCCCCUCCUCCGGGCUCCCUGCACUUCCGCGCGCCUCUACAUUUGAACUAGGCGCGCGCGCCAAACCUCUAACUUUCCUUUUGACAGUUACACUACUCCCUUCACUGCUCCCUCCCCUUCCGGGAGGGCGGCUUGCUCGGACCCCUCCUCUCUCUGCUGCUGGAGCUGCUUCCUCUGACACACUGGAAACUCCACCCCCUUCGCUGCACUUUGGUGGGGAGGCUGGUCCUGACGCCCAGCUGCCACUUUGGGAUCCUCCGCUGGCACCCUGCUCCUGACACUUCCCCCCUGGGGCUCCCUGGCCCUGACCACCGGCGCCCCUUCUGGGAAUCCUCUGAUUCGCUGGAAAGACUCAUGGAAUCCCUUGAGUCAUUGUCAUCCUCUUCCUCGCUGGCUUGGAAUUCCUCCCCCUCGCUCUCCAUCUCCUGCCUACCCUGUGCCUCUCUCUCUGAACCCCUGACAUUAUUAUUAUUAUUAUUAUUAUUAUUAUUAUUAUUAUUAUACCAGCCUUUAGGUUUCUUAAUCCGGCACAACAUGUCAGCCACAUAUGGUUAUCAAGGGAAAGAGGAUAUUUUGUCAAGCUUCUGUGCUGAUAAUCAUGGUUAAAAUGUGUUCGGUGUGAUUCAUAGAGGCUCGUUGGCUAAGAGAUGCUUGAUUUUUUCAUCCCUCAAAGUUUUGAUUGCCCUCAUUCUGAAUGUCCCCCUCCUGUUUCCCCAGCUGUUAAUUUUGGGCUUGGGUGAGUCAGAGGCAAAUGGUGCUGCCCACAUUAGUCUCUUGAGCCAGAGGGCCAAGGAAUUGGUAUGCCUUAGCUAGGGCAAUAUGUGAUUUCCAAAUAGCCAAGAGACCAUUUUAAUCUUGGUGCAUCAAGCUCAGUGCCAUUAGUGGCACAAUGUUGUAUUUGUUACCAAAUAGAAUUCAGUAACGUUGCAGCUGAACCAUGACUACAGUUUUCUUUGGCAAAAUGGUAACCUCUGCUUAGCCACCGUACCGUGUGGGUUAUUGUGAGAGGAAAAGGGGAACACUCUCUUUAUGUCACCCAGAGUUCCUUGAAGGAAGGGUGGACUAAUGGAAUAAAUAUAUGCGCAACUUCUAUCACAGCCAACUUAGGCCAUGGCCUUAAGCCUACAUCAGACCACAAAUGGGUUGUAGCAUCUUCUGAGUUAAACUGGAACUGCUUUUUGGAUUGCGAUGAAGGAAUUAAGACAGGUUUUCUUGUAGGGGAAAGCGGCCAUUUAACCCAUUUAUGAUUGAUGUUACAGUGUGCUUAUUUUGCCAUAUUAGCUAUGGUACCUUUCGUACUGGAAUUUAAAAUGUAGGAUAUGACUUGGUUCUGAGAACCUGGGCAGCUGCUGUGGGUUAUCACUGUACUAGGCCAGAUCGAGACCAGAUGACAAUUUUUCAGUUUCUGUAUAAGAUUCCUCCCAUGUGACUGCAAGGGUCCCUAUUUUCCAGGGACAGUCCCGGGUUUACAGAAGCCGUCCCAGUUUCUGAUUUUAUCGCAGAAUGUCCUGCUUUUCUUCAGGAUGUCCCUGUUCGUUGAAGAAAUGUUGGAGGGUAUGGCUCCCAUGCGGCUAAAUGUGCAGGUGGAAGCUGUUAUGUACUGAAGUUCUCACCCUGGGCCAACAGGGGAUACUGUAGAUAGUUAUGCAAAUGAAGGAUCGAAAGUGACGUUCAGUGAUUGGAUAGUUUGUAUGAAAAUGAAGGAUCGAAAGUGACGUUCAGUGAUUGGAUAGUUUUAGAAAGUUGUUACAGUAACAAGGUAUUGGAGCUCUAUAUAAGCAGGCUGACUGAGGCCUUCAGUUCAGUUCUGUUCCAGCUUACAAAUAAAGAGCUGCUUUGGAGAAAUCGCUGUGUCAUCUGCUAUGUCAACCCACAACUUAACAGAAGCAGUCUGCAGUGUACAACUUUGCUUCAGCCAGAGCAGGGGCAUGACAAACAGUGUGAUUCUUAGUACAGUGGUGCCCCGCAAGACGGAAAACUCGCUAGACGAAAGAGUUUUCCGUUUUGGAGGUGCCUCGCAAAACGAAUCUGCUAUGGGCUUGCUUCGCAAGACGAAAAUGUCUUGCGAGUUCCUGGGUUUUUUUUCUUCUUUUCCCCCUCUUUUUCUAAGUCGCUAAGCCGCUUAUCUGCUUAUCCGAUAAGCUGAUAAGCUGCUAAAAGCCGCUAAAAGCCGCUAAUAGCCGCUAAUAGCGCUAAUAGCGCUAAUCCCGUCAAUGGGCUUGCUUCGCAAGACGAAAAAACCGCUAGACGAAGAGACUCCCAGAACGGAUUCUUUUCGUCUUGCGAGGCACCACUGUAGUGCCUCUGGUGUGUAAACCCCAAAUCGACAACACGUGUGGCUUUUGCAGCAGAUGUCAAUGAUGGAUGAUGCAGCCUUUUAUGUUCUGGAGGCUUUUGUAUGUGAAUUAAUCAUGAAGUAGUCUUUUAAAAUACACUCAGUUAAUAAAUCAUUUCUCUUCUCCCACCCCACUCCCUCCCUCCCUUCUUUUUCUGCUUCCGGUAACAGGAAAUGCCCAAAGAACAACAGAGGACGACGGCAGAAGCAAAAUCUAGGCCACUUUACUUCAGAUACGUCAUCCAGAAUGGUUUAG